GGCCCAGCGGCGGAGACUUCGCGAGCGAGGAAUCGGGGCGGGGGGAAGAAGCAGGCCCGGCCAGGGGGGAGAGCAGGGGAGGAGAUCGAGCAGCAAGGCUUCCCCGCCCGAUCCCUUCUCUCUCCCCACACCCCACCUACCCAACCCGCUUCCCUUUGCAAUGAAAGCCCCUCUGGAUCCCUUCCCCCUGUUUAAGAACCUACAUUAGUAACUCCCCCCAGCCCAUAAUAGUACAAAAUGCUGGGCAUGUACGUGCCGGACAGGUUUGCCCUGAAGUCAUCUAACAUUCAAGACGGGAUGGGGCUUUUUACGGCCCGGAGAGUAAAAAAGGUGGGUGAUCCUAGCUGUUGCACCAUUAAGGUGAGGGAUCGGCAGGACGGGUGGGGGAGAGAGACGCCAGGCUUUUCUUGCAAGCUGUUCCUCCCUUCUUUAACCUUCCACCCUCCCCAGAGAGCUUGCCACGUAUUUCUCUCUCUCUCUCUCUCUCUCUCUCUCUCUCUCUCCCUCUUUCUCUCAGAUCUUCACCAUUUAAUCCCAACCCCCUCUUCCUCUCGUGACACUCUUUAGUUCACUUCCGUCUGGCAACUUGUGGAAAUUAUUACAUAAAUGGCCUCAAAACUUUUGCUUUUUAAUCUAUCUUUUUCGCAGCGCCUUCUGCGCCCAUUGUUGUUCGAUUGAGCUCUCCUCGGUCCAGUCAGAAUCCCCAUCAGUUCGACAACCGCCACAUAAAAGAAGGAGCUGUGAGCUCAAAUCCGAUUCGCAUCCAAAAUAGAUUUGCCUGGGGGCAGGGAUUCAAUUUGCAUCUUGCAAAUCCGUGACAGUCUUCGGUUUCAAAGGAAGAGCCUGUGUAUUUCAGUCCUUCACCUCAAUGGCAAAGGGAACGAGAAUAAACAAAAGGUGCCUUUUCCAAAACGCUCUCUUGAGCUAGUUUAGGUAGCCAAAGCUUGCCAAAUUGUAGCAAACUGUUAUUGUCCUUUCUUACUGUAAUUGCUCCUCUGGUUCCUGGUUUAUGCUUUCUGGGCUGUAGCUCCGUAUAGAUCACCUGCCUUGUGUGGACCCAGGUUCAGUUGCAGACAUGUCCAGGUAGAGUCAGAAAGCUGCUGUCAGUCAGUGUGGAGAAUACUAAACAAGAUUGCCUAAUGGACUUAGUAUAAGGCAACUUCCCUUGUUCCUAUAAACAAACAAAUAGGCAGCUAAGCAGUUUAAGGUAAAGGGACCCCUGACCAUUAGGUCCAGUUGUGGCCGACUCUGGGGUUGCGGCGCUCAUCUUGCUUUAUUGGCUGAGGGAGCCAGCGUAUAGCUUCCGGGUCAUGUGGCCAGCAUGACUAAGCCGCUUCUGGCGAACCAGAGCAGUGCACAGAAACGCCGUUUACCUUCCCGCUGGAGCGGUACCUAAUUAUCUACUUGCACUUUUGAGGUGCUUUCGAACUGCUAGGUUGGCAGGAGCAGGGACCAAACAACAGGAGUUCACCCCAUCACGGGGAUUUGAACUGCCAACCUUCUGAUCGGCAAGUCCUAGGCUCUGUGGUUUAACCCACAGCGCCAUCCGCGUCCCUGCUAAGCAGUUUACAUUGUGGUAAAUAGGAUGGAUGAUUGACUUAGUGGAUCAUGUGUGAGUACCAUAUUUGCAGUUUAUCAGGUAGCACAACAGAGGACAUCCUGUUCUCUCCCCACCCCACCCCUGGACCCCUGUAAUUGACAGAAUGUACACUGAACAAAACUGACAAGCUACUUUCCUGAAGGUUGGGUCUCUGACAGCAUUCCUAUUGCCAUGGCAGAGAAUCACAUGUGUGACCUUAUGAGCCAAUUCUCCACAUUUGGGGGAUGGGGAAGAGUAACCAGUAGGAUCCAGGGGUUGGAGCAAUUCCCCUAUGAGGAAAUGUUACAAAAUCUGGGGCAUUUAAAGUUUUAGAAAAAAGGCAAGUAAUUCUUUUGGGGUGGGGAAUGGAAGGUUUUUAUCCUUCCCAUAAUACUAGAACCAAGGAAUAUCCAAUAAAGCAGAUGUGAAUUUCAAUUAAUUUUAGUAUUUUAACUUUUUGUAUGUUUUAAAGUUUUGUAAUUCCCCCUCCCCCUUGAUUUUCUUGUUUUAUUCUUUUGUAAACUGCUUUGAGGUUGUUGCUGUUGUUAAUUUACAAUCGAUUGGUAUAUAAGUAAAUAAAAAUAAAAUAAACCUGAAAGGUGGAAUAUUCGAGACAGAAAAAGGAAAGACUUCUUCACACAAUUAACUUCCGAAGGCGUGGAAUUUGAUCCCUUGAGAUGUGGUGAUAGCCACCAACCUGGACUUUUUAAAAUGGGGAUUAGGCACAUUCACCAACGAUGAUAAGUCUGUCAAUGGCUGCUAGUCAUGAUGGUGAUAUAGAACCUUUGGAAUGAGAGACAGUUUGCCAUUGAAUACCAGUUAUUGGGGAUCAUGAGUCCUGUUUGCAGGCUACCCAAAGGCAUCUGUUUGGUCACUGUGAAUAGAGAAGUUUGGACUAGAUUGACUUUUGGUCUUAUCCAACUCUUCUUAUAUCCUUAUUAGGCUGUUAAUUUGUAUCAUUAAGCAGUUGAAAAAAUACAGUUGUUAACAGGACUUUGCAUGAUAUUCAAGAUGUUUUACUCAGAGUAGACUUCUUUAAAUUAAUGGACAAGACAUAAACAUGUUCAUUAAUUUGAGUAAAACUUAGUUGAAUACCACCCAUUAGCUCUCUUCAGAGAUUCAGGGUACCUGUCCCCCAUAUCUUGUUUUAUUUUUUCAAAUAGGGUAUGGGAAGUUAACCUUUCUCACCAGUUCUGAUUUUCUGAUUCGGAAAACAUCUGGACAUAGCAUUUGUGCUGCAAGGCUUUUACCACUGGGGAAUAAAGCAGCUUUUUGUGGGGUGCUAGGGGAUGGGUGCUGGGGGAAGGGUAUAAACCCCUUUCCCCCCAUCUUUGUUCAUACGUGAAUCCCCAUGUAAGUAAUUUAAAGAAACGGUGGGGCAGUCACACAUUUCUGUAAUAAUAUGUAGCUGACCCCAAUAAAGUUGUGAAACUGAACAUAGUAAUACAUUUUCCGAGAACAGAAGGAAGGGUUUGAUGGCUUUGCUUGCUUGUGUUUCCACUCCUUAGGGCGAAAAAUUUGGACCCUUUGCAGGAGAGAAGCGAAUGCCUCAGGAGCUGGAUGAAGACACAGACUGCAGACUGAUGUGGGAGGUGAGGACUGCAGGAAUGACUUGGCUCCUGGGGCUCUAGGGCCUCAGUUGGUACAUUGUUUUGCAAAAACAAAGAAGUCACACCCACAUGAUACAUUUGAAGCACAUGGUUCCUCUGCCCCAAGAAUCUUGGGAACUGUAGUUUGUUUAUUCAUUCAUUCAUUCAUUCAUUCAUACCCUGCCCAUCUGGCUGGGUUUCCCCAGCCACUCUGGGCAGCUCCCAACAGAAUAUUAAAAACAUGAUAAAACACCAGACAUUAAAAACUUCCCUAAACUGGGCUGCCUUCAGAUGUCUUCUAAAAGUCAGACAGUUGUUUAUUUCCUUGGCAUCUAAUGGGAGGGCGUUCCACAGGGUGGCGCCACUACCGAGAAGGCCCUCUGCCUGGUUCCCUGUAGCUUCAGUUCUCGCGGUGAGGGAACCGCCAGAAGGCCCUCGGCGCUGGACCUCAGUGUCCAGGCAGAACGAUGGGGGUGGAGACUCUCCUUCAGGUAUACUGGGCCGAGGCUCAGUACUCAGAAAUGUACUGGGAGCCAAAUGUAGGUACAAUUCCUAGCAUGCAGAAUACAAUGCCUAGCAUGGGAAUACAGUUCCCAUGAUUCUAUGAGGGAAGCUAUGUGCUUUAAAUGUACUGUAUGGAUGUGACCCAGGGCUAGAAUUGCUAUUGUUUGUUAGUCUAACUAGAUGUGAUGGGAUACAAAACUUUUUCUUCUUUGUAUCAUCUUUGUAUCUCUUCCUCCUGUUCCUGAUCACAUUUACUUGUACAGUGGUGCCUCGCAAGACGAAAUUAAUCCGUUCCACGAGUCUCUUCAUCUUGCGGUUUUUUCGUCUUGCGAAGCACGGCUAUUAGCGGCUUAGCGGCUAUUAGCGGCUUAGCGGCUUAGCGGCUAUUAACGGCUUAGCGGCUAUUAACGGCUUAGCGGCUUUAAGAAAAAGGAAACAAACUCGCCAGAACUCCCGUAGGGAAAUUCGUCUUGUGGAACGACUCAAAAAACGCAAAACCCUUUCGUCUAGCGAGUUUUUCGUCUUGUGAGGCAUUCGUCUUGCGGGGCACCACUGUAUUCAGUGUAUGAGGUCUCCACAGCGUGUGCCCUUCUGCCCCACCACCUAUUGCCAGUGAUGUGAGGUGGGAGUAGGGCAACUCAUAGGAUGCGGAUGCUAUACAAUACACUGUGUUCAACCAGGGUGGAAAGAUGUAGAGCAGCAGUGGCAUCUACAAAGGCGCUACAAGGGCGCUACUUGUUGUUGUUUAGUUGUGUCCGACUCUUUGUGACCCCAUGGACCAGAGCAUGCCAGGCACUUCUGUCUUUGACUGCCUCCCGCAGUUUGGUCAAACUCAUGCUGGUAGCUUCGAUAACACUGUCCAACCAUCUCGUCCUCUGUCGUCCCCUUCUCCUUGUGCCCUCAAUCUUUCCCAACAUCAGGGUCUUUUCCAGGGAGUCUUCUCUUCUCAUGAGGUGGCCAAAGUAUUGGAGUCUCAGCUUCAGGAUCCGUCCUUCCAGUAAGCACUCAAAGGGCACUACUACUUGUGACAAAACCAAGACUGACAAAAUGUAGUUGAGAGGGAGAGAGAGAGAAAUACAUAGAGAAACCUAGGGAAUUAUAAACCUCUACAAAGGCAUGAAUGGUCACAACUCUUCCAAUUUAAAACCAAUCCAGACUACCUUUUCUUAGUUAGGGCCAUAUAUUACAGGUCUAUUCUUGAAUGGAUAGCAUUUCUGAUGUUUUAUCUAGUUUAAAUGCCUGUAUUUUUAAAUAAUGGUGGCAUGGCUGCUUUUAAAUUUUAAGCGUGCUCUUAUAAGAAGUGAUCCACUUUGGGUGUAGUUUUCCUUUAAUAAAUGCCAUUUUAGCAGUGGUGCUUGUUUAAAUAUAUUCAUUACCAGGGGCACCAACUAUAGGGGGAUCUGGGUGCCUGAGCAUCCACAAAAAAUUGUUGUGGGUGCUGCCCAACGCAACUUCUGAGGUCUCGUAAGGUCUCGGAACCUGACUUCCAUUGCCACCAGAAGUCAGGUUCCGAGGCUGGGGUGUGUGGGGGACAUCAUGACAUCACACCGCACUGUGACACCAUGAUGUCAUGUGCACUGGGUAACAAUAACCUGGGACCCAAGUUGGCUCCCCUGUUCAUUAUGAAGAACGAAGAUUCUUUUUGUCUAAUUAAAGCUACCUAGAAGCACAAUAAUCUUCUAAAUGCUGUAAAUGGUUUAAUAUUAAUUUGUUUGAGAGUGUGACAGUGUUUCAGUGACACGUAUAUGUUCUAACAGCAAACCAUAAAAUCAGCUUUUAUAUGGUUCUUUGACACUUUUUCCUAGCUUUCCCCCUCUUUGACCUAUUUUUGGAACCUUGCACAGAUUCCUGCAUACCGCAUUUUAUGACUUCCUAAAUGUUUGAACCCAAGCGGUUUACGUUUACAUACGCUGAUCUGAAUACAAGUGUUGUUGUGCAUUAUGAAUCAUGCUGUGAAGUGGCCUUGAGUUGCAAGCCUGUGGCUAGGGAAACGUAAAGUAAAAAGCAACUGUCCAGGUUUACAUAGAUAGCCAUUCAAGAAAUUAGGAAGGCAGCUUCAAGUUCGUGACUGUUUUGCUGGAGCUCAUAUAUUGUCUAUUAUUAGUAGUAGCAGUAUUAACCACAUUGCUGAUCACUCCGGUUUAUGAGGAAAUAUUCUUUGUAGGUUACAUAGAAUCUGAAAGACCCCUAAUAUAGUUCCCACCCAUUAUUUAGUGGGGUGGCUUGUUUGGGCAGAGGAUGGGUCAACUGUAAGAAACCUGCCCACAUUCAGACAGAUUAUUUUUACUUUUGUUAUUUAAAAAAUCUGGAAAGUAUUUGUCACCAGGCCCCCUUCCUGUAAGUACCCUCCAUGAAGAAAUGAGAAAGCCCUAUGUUUUGUAAUUGUUAGUGGGUGAUACCAGACCUGGAGGACAAGGACGAUCCAUUGGGAGGGGGAGGGUUAUUGUGCCCCCAAAUCACUGUGAUUGGAGUUCAGCUGGAAAAUAAUUGACCAAUUUAAAUGCUAGACCUCUCAGUCAAAUCAAAAGAUCACCUCACCUCUCCACUCUCCUUUCCACCUCUUUCCAGUUGAAUUCUGAGUGUUUUCUCUAUCGACUCAGGGAUCUUCCAAACUUCCACUGGCCCUGCCACCUUCCCCUGGGAAAUCCCGCUGUUUACUGCUGAAUCUGAGCAAGUAUCAAUCAGGUUUUCUCCGGAUUAACAUUUGUUCCAGUUUAAAUAAUAAGAUUAAGAUAAGAUAAGAUAAGAUAAGAUAAGAUGAUAAGAUAAUGAUGAUGAUGAUGAUGAUGAUUAGCACCCCAUCCAUCUGUCUGGGUUUCUCCAGCCACUCUGGGUGGCUUACAGCAUAUAUAAAAACAUAGUAAAAUAUCAAACAUUUUUUAAAAAUGGGUUUUCCAGGGAAAAACAACAGGUGAAAGACAAAACUGCUCUAGAAAACAGGGGACAAGCAGAAAACCGCUCAGACUUGUGCUUUGGAGACACCAGAAAAGCAGAAGUGUGGAUGAGCCCUGUGUUUCAUUUCUCAAAAAGCCAGUCUGUGUGGGGUGGCAGGAUGGGGGGGGGCGGUCAUAUAUUUCACGCUACGGAAAAACUGAGGCAACUAAACUAUUCCAAGGACUGGGCACUGCCUGAUCUCCCUUGGCAUUACCUGUUAACGGCGCAAUGUGGUAACGUGAAAGACUCCUCAAAUCACUAUGAUUUGCCUCACGAUUUGGGCUACACACCCCCCUAGUAUCUUUUUUGUUAUUUUAAUGCUUUUUAUUCCCCCCCAAAAAAACCAAAAUAAAACAAUCUUUACAAUCAUUCUUAGUGUCAUCUUAUUUACAUUGUGUAGAAUCACGCCUCGACUUCCUUCUUUCCCAGUUGCGGUUUUCUUAAUAUACCUCUUCUCUUACAGUUUCUUCUACUUCUCUAUACACGUCACAAGAGUUAUGUUAACCCUGCUGUAGUUCUUAAACUUCUACAGUUGAUUCCUAUAUGUUACAAAUUCACCCCAUUCUUCUACAAACUUUGCCCCUUUUUGGUGUCGAAUUUUAUAUGUCAUUUUCGCUAAUUCUGUAUAUUCAAAAAGUUUAGCCUGCCAUUCCAUAACUGUUGGGAUCUCUGAUGACUUCCAUUUUUGGGCUACAAGAACCCUACACACACCCCUAGUACCCAUGCCUAGCACUGUCAGGCAUCAAAAGUACAUACUCAUUCAUGUAAACAAAUAAAAUUCUACUCAUUGAAAAAUAGGAUAUCAGGUAGAAGGCUAGGCUGGGAUUUUUCUCCUUGACACUUUGGUAGGCAGGGAGAUUUGGAUGUGUUGCAGCAUUCCAGCAUGUCUUUCCCCUCUUCAUAUUAUGAAAUGAUACGGUGCUAGGAGGGCUGCAUCAAGUGCUUUUUAUAAACAUGCAGUUCAGAUCUUAGAUCGAGCCCUUCUGAGCAUUUGUUGAGGCUGGCUAUAGCUCUUAGUAUGCUUGGACCUUCAAAGCUCUGUUGAUUUCAUUAAGGCUUUGGGGAUGCUCAGUGCAUUUGGGAUUACAGCCCAUAUCCUGUGGAUGUGUGGUCUUAUAUGACAGAGCAAUUGCUUGAUCUCCGACGAGACUAGUAUUCUUGGAGGGCGUCUUAAGGGAGCCCUGCUGGGUGGUUUGGUGUUUUGCUUUGUAAAAACAGUUCCUAAAUGAAAUAUUUUGUGCUCAUAGAGUGACAGUAUUUGUAAUCAAGUGACAUCAUUGCUCUGCCUGCAAUGCUCUUGCAGCUGUCUGCUUUUGAUGAAAUUAGGCAUCAAUACACCCUCAGCUGAUGGGCUUCUGAGGGUUGAAACAAAUAACAGUAUCCUCAAUUCAGUUGCCAAAUUAAGAACCAUGGCAUGAAGUAGUAGGGUAUGCAAACAUUUUAUCUGUAAGCCACAGACCACUUGCUCUGAAGUUAUCUCAUUGAAGUUACUUCACUAAAGACCACAUGACUAAUGCAAACCAACACUGGGCUUGGCAGAACAUUUAUUGGGCUUUACCUCUCUGGAUAAGUCUCCUAAAAUACCAUUAAAAAUAUUUGCCAUCACCUACAAUAUUCUGCAGAGGACUGAAGGUCCCUGAAUAUUAAACAGCAAUUAAUCUCUAUAUAUUCCUUUCUAUUGAUAGUCUAUGAAUAAAGUAUCCAAAGCGCUGGCCUGGUUCGCACCUAACGCUAAACCAUGUUUUAUUAAACCAUAGUUUGUUUGCUCAUCUGAAUCAACUUAAUUGGGGUUUGUUUAAUCCCAACAAACCACAGUUUGAAGCCAUGGUUUGUUGUUGGUUUAUGAACCUUGAUUUGUUUUAACUAUGGCCUGAUGUCACAUGUAAACCCAGUACUCUUAACCAUGGUUUGUUUGGCCAUCGCACUCCAGAUGCACAUCAAGUUGCAAAGUUACAAGGCAAGAGCAGCUGGAAAGCAAACCAAACCUUAUAAAACCAAAUUAUAGUUUGUUUGUUCAAUCGACUGUGGAAAAGUCUUCAUCUUUUAAAUUUUCUGCCAGAAUUGGAAGCAAAUUGCAGGCAUGGUUGUCCCUUUUGAGGGAAUGGUGUUGGCAAAUUUCAAAAAGAUAGAUACAACUUGCCCAUGGAGGGGCUGCACUCCAUUAGAUAGAGUCUCUGAACGGCAUAUUGCUCUAACCCAGCAGCUUCAAGAUCAAUGCAAGGCUAACAUUUAGCUUCUAAGAGCAUCCCAUACUAGGUCUCAUGUGUUCUGUUUCAAAAUUAAAUUAGAGUAGUCACGGAAUAUCCCCCGCCCUUGCUGUUUAUAUGGGAAUGUAGUUUCUUGCCUUUCUUAUUUAAUAACAAUCCACCAAAUGGCCUCCAAAAUUGCAAGCAAUGUGUUUACUGAGUGCUGUAGCAGAAGCCAUCUGUUUGUUAUCAUUGCUGUGCUGACAUUUCCCCCUCACUGGCUGUAAAGUAUUUGACUUCAGCUCACAGCCAUGCUUAUGUAGUGCAACAGAAUACAUCCCGCUGCUUAAUCCUUUUGGCCAAACGCAACAUAAUUUCAUUUCAAACUUGAGAGAGUCAUUUAGCAAGUUGCCUGAGCCACAUAUGCCAAGAUGAGCUUUCUACAUUUUUUUUUUUUUUUGCCAUUCACCAAUAGCCUUCCCCAGAGUGCUUUUUUUGGUUUUGGUUUUUUAACCAACUUGCAUUAUUGGCUUGCAUCAAGGCCACCAUUUCAUAUUGGUGGGUAGUAUUCACUGAAGGUGUUUGAAUCUGCAUUUCACUGCUGUAUACAAACCAAUGGCACCCAGUUCCUGAAAGUUGUAAUCUCUUGUCUCCCAGCUUGUGGUAAAGUGGUUUCAAAGGAGUUGUUAGUUCCCUAGUUAUUGUCUUUUUCCAAAUUAAACAAUCUGUUGUACCUCACAGAGCUACAGUUUCCAGAGUGGUUUCAGAACUGGUCCUCUUUCCAGGGAACUAACUCUGGGUCUCCUAACAACUAUCAGUGCAUGCCCUUAACAAAUUACAGUUUCCAGAAUUCAUUGUGGGGAAACCACAACUGUUUAAAGUGGUAUAAUGGUGCUUGAAAUGUAAAGUGUGGAUGUGACUUCUGUCUGUUUAAUGGGAAUCAACAGACAAAAUAGCAAAACUCCCUUUAGCUAAGAAUAGAAAUAAUGUUCACAUCAACUGCAAAUGGCUAGAAAUCAUGACUGAUUUUGGUGUUUUUCCCCCAUCACUGUAUAAGUGAUUAAAGGCUUCAAUCCUAUACCCAUUUACCUUGGAGUAAGCCCAAUUGCACAAAACUCACAUCGUUAGGUUUUCUAAAUUCCACUGAGGUCAAUAUACUUUUAAACAAUCUAACUGUGUACAUGAUUGCAGCCAUAGUAUUGUCCAAAAGGAAAGCUCCAAUUUUCCCAACUGCAUUACUUGUCUUCUUAUUUUAAUGUACAGUUUUGUGUACGGCAGUGGUCCAUUCAGGCUUUCAACCCUUUCAUGUUGAAAACACAGCAUAAACUUGUGCUAUUGUGGAAAUGUCAGGCUGUUUGAAACACGAUAGCUUUAAUUUCAUCCAUAUUCAUGCAAGAAUUAACACUGGCCUUGCUUGUCUGUCCCAAACAAAGUCAAAUGCAUAUAAAUAUAACUUUUUGGAGCAGAUUUUGUUUUUUCAGAGGCACAUACAAAUCCUGUUAUCUUCAAAAACAACUUAUAUUCACAUCUCUGUCUCUUUGGGGAACAAAAUCUCUCCGUGGAAAAAGAGUAGUAAAUUGGAGAGACUUUUAUAUUGUUUUGCAGAACCUUGGGAGCAGUUAAAUAAAGAAAAUAAGAACAGUGUCAAGAAUACUCUCUUGUGGUUUUUGCUAAGCUUUGUCAUAAUAAGGCUACCUGUGUCUGUCAGUGAGGAAGUAGGAUGUCCCUUCCCGAGGGUAACUAAGACAAAAAAGCUUGUAUGGUGCAGUGGGUAUCGUGUCAGACUAGGACCUGAGACACUCAGGUUAAAAUCCUCAUCCAGCAAUGAAGCUUACUGGAUGACCCUGGGACUGUCACACUCUUAGUCUGACAAACCUCUCAGGAUUGUUGUGAGAAUACCGUAUUUUUCGCUCCAUAAGACACACUUUUCCCCUCCUAAAAAGUUAGGGGAAAUGUGUGUGCGUCUUAUGGAGCGAAUGCAGGGGGGAGGCAGGCAGGAAAAGCCCCCAAGAGCCGCACACAAGCUCCGCACGGCUCUUGGGGGCUUUUCCACAGGAGGGAGAAGGGACUGACGCAGCCAGUCAGUCCCUUCUCCCUCCUCGUGGAAAUAUUUUUUUUCUUGAUUUCCCCCUCUAAAAACUAGGUGUACCUUAUGGUCCGGUGCGCCUUAUGGAGUGAAAAAUACAGUAAUAUUGUGGAAGAGGCAGAUAACCAUACGUAUUUGAAAACAAGACCAUCGAUGGCUACUAGUCAUGAUGGCUUACAUGAACCAAUGGUUUUUAAUGUAUUACUUCCAGAAGCUGUGGGUACCCAGGUGUUGUAGAAAAUUAAGCCACAUAUUACCAGGAUGUUAAACUACUAUAUCACCUUAAGAUUCAACCUGUUGCUUUAUGGGGAUGGAGAAUGUGACCUCCAUUGUGUUGCUAGCAUGAGUAGACCAGACCUCUCAUGUUAGUAAUUAAGUGCAUAAGAAUUUUGGGUGAUGGGUUGAAUCUUACCCUUGAAAUCUGGAACCAGUGCUUUUCCUAACAGUUUCUCAUUCCUUUUGGAAGAGAUCCACCUAACCUUUUGAAAAGUGUGGUUUCAACAGAAUAAUAUUUUCUCCCCAGAAUUUUUCUGCUUCUGUCCAAAGUGAGUACACAAUGCUAAAGAAGUAUAUUAUAAUAUCGCUCAGGAACAAUGGUCAGUUACAGUCCCUUUUGGCACAACAGUGAACAGUUUGCUAGUUUGUUCUUUUAUUUUCCAGGUCCAAGGUCUUGGAGGCUCAAGUUAAAAGAUGGAAAAGGAAAAUAUAUAUGAAGUAUUGAAUAGACUGCUUUGGUUAAUAUUAUUAAAGCACGGCCUUCCCUCUUCAGAGACCCUGGAAGAGGGUCCAUUACUGUUUCGUAAUAUGAAAACAUUUUCUUAAAGGAAUUGGGAAAAUGCUGCAACCACAUGUGAUGAGGAGCAGUACAAAUGUGGGUUUUGAAAGGCAAAUGAGGAAGAAUGGUUGGAGUUGAAAGUGCUAAGGAGAGCACAGAUGUGUUUACCUUUUCCCAACCUAUCUGGGCAGCUUGCCAGGGGCUUUAGAAUAUAUUAAAUAAUUUUGUCCAGAACAUUUCUUCGGGUAGCCCAUUGCAAUUAUUAUCUCCAGUGCAUCCAUUAUUUUUUGAAGGCCUUUUAAUAACAUUUUAAAAAAUUCUUUGAAUAUUGUUGAUCAUAAUUUUUAGUAUUUUCUCUGCUGUUUGACAGUGGUUGGUUGGUUUUUAAUCUUUUCAAUGCAGUUGUAGCUCUUCUGUUGUGUAAAGUGAGAUGUGCCUGGCCUUGUUUUACUCUUUUGUUCAGGUUUUGGUGUGAAUUUGUAUUAUUCUUCUACUCCAGAGUUGUUCUUAUUUAGCUUAUUAUCACAUAGCCUUUAUUAUGAGGUGACAAAUAUAAAUAAAAAAAUAAAUAAUCCAGCAGUGAGAGUCACUAGUUUAUAUAUUUUUAUUGGACUUGGCAGCUCAGCUAAAGAAGUCCUUUAUUAAAGUAGACCACAGAUGGGGAACCAGAGACCCUCUAGAUGUUAUGGGAAGCCAGCUCCCAUCAGUUGCAACCAGCAUAAUGCCAGCCCAGAGGAGUGCAUUCCAUAAUACUGUACUGGUGCUAAAAUAGCCCACCUCCACCUCACUAGAAACUGACAAUAAUCAGACUUGUGCCUGUGGGAGUUUUAGUCUGACACCAGGGGGUGGUCAGGUUUCCCUAUGCCUGCUGUAGACCAAGAUAAAAUGGGAGCAGGUAUGGGUUUGGAAGUGGGAUUUGGAAACUAUCUAGUUUUGUGCUUUUGACAAAACCAGAAGUGUGGGAAGCAAGCCCUUCCGUAGGUAACUUAUAGCACAGGUUUUCUCCUGUAUUUUUUCCUCGUGUGGACUGUAUAAGAUGCUUGAAUUCCAUAGUUAACCUUUUGUCCUGUCUGAAUUAAUGGUGGUUGUUGGUUAUCCAGUGGGGCUAUUUGACUUUUGAUGUAGCUUAUUAAUGAAUAUGAGCCCUGAGAAAAGAAGGCUGUCAAUUUGAAGAGAGUUAGCAAAAGAGAAGGGCAGUUGGUGAUGGAGGUACAUGGGCCAAGGAUGUGAGACAUGGUGAAUUCCUGGGAAAGUGACAGAUUUGCUUCUUCUGCCAGGCAGAGUAAGAUAGGCUAGGAGGGGAAACUCUGGUGAUUUACAGUGGAAUAUUUUAAUUGUUCCGCAAAGUUUUAGUUUUGCUUAACGGUUCUUGCCAUUGCAGGUGCGUGGGAACAAAGGUGAGGUGCUUUAUGUGCUGGAUGCCAGCAGUCCAAGGCAUUCCAACUGGCUCCGCUUUGUACAUGAAGCACCAUCCCAGGAACAGAAGAACCUGGCUGCUAUCCAGGUAAAUUUGGUAAACACUCAUUAUCCUUAAUCUCCGUAAAGGAUUGCUCAUUUAUUUAUUUAUUCCCCUGUGCCAGCCUGGAAACACUGUAUGAAAAAUUUCAAAAUUCACAGGGCGAUACCUGUGCACUUUUUUAUCGGCAGUCAACAGACCAUUGAAACAUUUUGUAGCACUUGACAAUCACACUUGAUAAAAUUUAUAAACAUGCACAUGGAUACAGCUGAAAAACACAGAAUUAAAAUACUAGACAAUUUUGAUAGAUAUAUUUAUUGGGAACAACUAAAACGUCCCCCAAAUAGUGAAUGUGUUUUGUGUUCUACAGAACUCUUCACUAGGCAGGAUUUUAAACAAAAUCUGAAGAGUGGGGUGAGAAGGAGAGAAAACUCUGGUCAGGGUGUUGGAGGCCAAAAGACUGUGGUUUGUAUCCGUGUUAAAACUGAGUGCAAAGGGGUGGUAGACUGACUUAAUUUGGUUAGUCUCUGCUGUAUGCAAAAUGGAUGCUAAGUUGCACCAAAGGACUGCUGGGAUAAAGAAAAAAUAGUGGCAAUUCCUCCAUUUUUUGAAAGUGCGUAAUUUCUCAGGCAGCUACUCGGAAGCUUUCUGCCAAAGACAAGUGAAAGCUAUAGGUAGCAAUUAAGUCCAUGUCCCAAUAAAAUCCAUUCUUCCAUGAAUUUGUCCCCUUCACAAUUACCCCAAAUCAGUAGUUCGUCUUUAGUUAAUUUUUAUCCCAACUAAUAAAGGUAAAGGUAAAGGACCCCUGACAGUUAAGUCCAGUCACAAACGGCUCUGGGGUUGUGACGCUCACCUCGCUUUACAGGCUGAGGGAGCCAACAUUUGUCCGCAAACAGUUUUUCUGGGUCAUGUGGCCAGCAUGACUAAGCCGCUUCUGACGAAACCAGAGCAGCACACGGAAACACCGUUUACCUUCCCGCCGGAGUGGUGGCAAUUUAUCUACUUGCACUUUGACGUGCUUUUGAACUGCUAGGUUGGCAGGAGCAGGGACCGAGCAAUAGGAGCUCACUCCGUUGUGGGGAUGUGAACCACCGACCUUCUGAUUGGCAAGCCCUAGGCUCAGUGGUUUAGACCACAGAGCCACCCACGUCCAACUAAUAUUCCCUCCCAGAACACUUUCUAUUGGAUUCAAACAGAAGAGUUUUAAGGGCAUACUUAACUCUCCCACUGAUAUCACUGGUAAUUUAGAUAGCUUGGGUUGUAUCUAGUACUGCUGUUCCACUUGUGCAACAGAACUACUCUACUCAUGCAUUUGCUUUAGCUUUGACUUGAUUCUGCCUUUAGAUUGGAUUCUAUGAAAUUAGAGUAAAAGCUAGGCAAGAAUAAUUUUACAAAUAUCCCCAAAUCAUGCCUUAUAGAUUUUCUGGGGGGUACGCAGAGGUACGCAUACCCCUAAACAUUUUGUGAAUCUUUGUACUUUUGUCCAUUUACUAUAUUUAUUCUUCCCGAUUUCAACUAUAAAAUGGUGAUUUUCUUGAGUCAAAAUAAGAGUACCUCUAAUAAUUUUUUUAAGAAAAAAAGCACUGGAUAUAAGAAAUUAAAAAUAGCGGCUAAUCAUACAUCCACAUUCAAGCAGAUUAGCUUUGUAUGCUGUGUCUGAGCUAUGGAAAUUCUAAAGAACUGUAAAAACUAUUUAGAAUCUGAAGUCAGUUGUGUGAGUAUGCUUUGUUAAGCGGAUAAGAAUGCUAAGAGUUGCAAGGAGCAUCAACUAUCUCUCUACUCCCACCCCGUCCUCAGAUGCAUGAUAUACUUUUUGACGCCUCCCCCAGUGGAAGGAAAUGGUUAAUGAAAGUUUUUGGAAUACUGCCAGAUUGAAUGAGGACUUGUAAGGAGGGGGGAAUGUCUUAUAACUUGAUUUAUUUUAAGUUUUUAUUGUGGUAAAUUAAAAUUCCCUGGAACAUGCAACAGUGCUAUAAGAGGAAAAAGUAACUCUUUGAUGAAGGCAAGAUAUCCUGAUAGCUAUCUGAACUCCACUGUGAAAUACACAUCUUGAAGAAAAUAUGUAAUUAAUUUUCUUCUCCCCAUUCCAUCACUGAUGUAAGAGCAAAAAAUGUGUCUGGUCCUUGAACACUGUUGCUUUUGACAAGUUUUUCAAAUUAAAUUGACUUUCCCAUUUCAUAAAUAAGUCAUUUUAAUCCAUUACAGACCUAUCUAAGCUUUAGAAGUAAGAUAUCCCCUGUUGGCAGUUUCAAUGAAUCUUAGCAUAUUGCAAAUUAAAAGUCAUUAUCUUGCUGUAGCCUCACAAAGCUUGUCACAAAAUAUAUGGCUAUGUACACCGUAAGCAAGGCUCAAUUAACUUUACUGGAUGUUGAUCAGAUAAGAAUUAUGAUUUACGACAGCACUUGGCAGCAUUUGCUUGGUAAAUGUGAUUCUCCUUUUGUUUCCUUUGGAAGAACCCAAAGCACUUUGCUCAUCUGAUAACUGUUGUUCAUGUCUGCAUUACCAUAAAACCGUUGACUGAACCAUAUGAAAGCAGGUCCAUGGGAAUGAGAGGUGGGCAGAAGCAAGAGGCUUGCAAAUUCCAAUAAAGCUAUAGAGACAGAGCACAGGGCGCACUGCAGCCCUGGAGUUUUGAGAGGACCCUGGGCAAAGUGUCCUCUCAUGGACUUCCUCUUAUGUAAAUAUAGGUCCCAUUGGGAAUACCUGGCCACAGUGUUGGAAGCAGCAGGAGUAAUCCAUGGGGGGCUGGGAACUGGCAUUGUAAGCUUUCAGAGUUCCAUAGUGCAACUCCAUGGCAUCCUGAAAAAUGUCAGUGGGUGGCUUGCAAACAGUAUCCUGACAUCCCAAGGGACCUGCUAGCUGCCUAGGGUGCUAGUGCUGAGCUUGAUAUACUGCAAAAGCAUGCAAAAUUAGUAGGUGGGCUUCCACAGGAUACAUGAUUCCAGCCGUCUGGAAAUCAGUUACCAACUGAAAUUAGGCACACAACUAGUAUUCUGAUAUUUAGACAGCAGUUGAAGACAUUUUUGUUUAAGAAGGCUUUUCCUAAAAUGUGACUCAGACAUUUUAUGGACUAUUUGAAUACAAUUGAAUCGCAGAAAUGGUUUUAUUGCUGCUAGUUCAUUGAGUCUACAGGGGUUUUUUUGUAUUUUAUCUUACUUUUCCUUCUAUCGUACACUGCUCUGGAACCUUUGAUUGUGAAUUGGUUUAUAAGUCUGCAAAUAGUAAAUAAAUAAAUAACAAGCUCAAUUGUGUCUGACAGGAAAAGUCAGCCUUGUGGUACCUUAAAGACUAACAGAUUUACUAUGGCACAAACUAUUUAAAAAGUGCAACAAGACUAUGUUGUUCCUGCUGGAACUUUAGAGCAAUAUAUUAUUUUCCAAAACAAUGGGUGAGAUUCAAGUAAAUUGGCUGACCAGAAUGAGCUCUAGUCGUGCAGUGGGAUUUCCCCCUCUCUCUUCCACCUGUAUGCCCCCCAAAUCUGCUGUAGGGGGCUAGGGAAACCCCCAGAAUGGGUUUCGGGCUUGUGGGGGUGCACAGAGGAAGGAGAGGGGAGAAAGUCCUAUUGCACAAGCAGACCUUGUUCAGCUCAUGCAUACCCUGCUUAACACUACUAUGAAUUCCACCUUGUAUCUGACAAAAAUUACUUGUUCUUGUAUCCACUCAGAAACUUAACUUGUAUUUCUUGAUGCUUUUAAAAAUUAAUUUAGCUGUAUGCUUUCCUAAAGGGACCGUCCAAUCUCUUGCUUUCCCCAACAGGAAGGAGAAAAUAUUUUCUACUUAGCUGUUGAGGAUAUUGAAACAGAUACAGAAUUGCUGAUUGGUUAUCUUGACAGCGAUAUGGAAGAAGUAGAGGAAGAAGAGGAGGAAGUAAUUACUAACCAGGAAGAAGAUGACAAUAUCAUCAGCAACAAUGGUAACAGCAGCCAUAAGGAAUUGCAACAAACUAGUGAGAAAGGUAUGGAAUGAAAUUAAGCUGAAUGGACAUGAUGCACAUCUGUUUAAAAGCACACAGUCAUUUCUUAAUUUAAGAAAACGAGGGGACCUUUUCUGUAUAGCUGAGGAUUUUGGUAAUUUCAGUGUUCUGAACAGUUUACAAAUUGCAGCCUUUGGAAGCUAUCAAGAUUACUUCAGACUUCGUACCUUUCUGCCUCAGUAACUACGAAACAGGAUUCUAUUCUUAAACAUUACUGAAAAAAAUCACACCUCUCUAUGUGACUCUUUUAUAAGAUUAUUUCAGUUUUAAAAUAUAUAUUUAAGAUGCUUUCUCAAGCGUCUUAGAAGGCACUCACAGCAAAAGACUUAUCUUUGUUUAAUGAAAUAACAUAAAACUCCAGAAAAUCAAACAGCAGUACAUAAGUAAGGACUUUACAGAAGUGAUAGAAUUUACAUAAAUGAUAUAAUAAAACAGAGCACCGUCCCUCUUCCCCAAGUUCUUUCUUUUAGGUUGUGUCACCACAAAACCUCUUCCUUGAAAGUUGAUCUUUCUGUUGGCUGGAAGGAACAUUGCUUCAUCUCAGUCACCUCAGCAACACAGCAGUCUUCUCAAAAGAGUUGCCACUUAGGAAACGGAAACUUACAGCCCUUUAUAAUAUAAAGAGCACCCGUUCUCUUUCCAACUGUGGCCAGAAUUAUUAUAGCAAUGUAUGCUAGAGGCUUACACCAAGACAAAGCGAUGCAGAAAAAUAAGUUGCACAGAAAUGAACAAACAUAAUUAGAUUUCUUUGCUGUUUUCAGAUGUCAGCUGAAUUACUCAUGUUUCUUUUUGCAGUAAUAUGAACUCACCACAGCUUAGAAAAUAUUGUGGAUCCUCCUUCAUUAGAGCAUUUUCUUAGAAUAUAAACUUCCAAACAUGUUAUACGCAGGAAAUGAUUUUUCUGAAUUUUUCUUCUUCGCUGUGCAGAUUCUUUUAGUUGCAAAGAGGACCAUGCCUGCCCUAACUGUGAAUCCAGUUUUGCCAGCCAGGAAAUCCUAGCUGAACACCUUCAGACAUUGCACCAAAAACCCAGUGAGGAAAAGGAAUUCAAAUGCAGGAAUUGUGGGAAGAAAUUCCCAGUUAAGCAAGCUCUGCAGAGGCAGUAAGUCUAUAACAUCAUAAACUAUGAUUCCGUGUCGCUCAGAUCAUUAACUUGAAUUUCUCUUCUUUAGGGAUGGAUGAAUUGCAAAGUUAGCAAACAUUUUUAGACUACUUUAAAAUGUACAUUUUUGAAUGCACACUGAAAACAUCUUAUACCUGGAAUAUGACAGAGGUUGUGUGCAGACAGAUGCACUGCAGCAGGUACACUUCUCAGAGAAGUCAGGAUUGGCUUUGGCUUCCUGCUGAAUGUUCCCUCAGUGAGAAACCUGGGUUUGUCCUGUGUUGUCUAUGAAAUGGAAGUUUUGGAGGAGAGGUUUUCUUCUGGGUAGGCUUUCAUGUUAGUCUCCAAGCAUUCCUUCCAAGUACCACAGCCCAUGUUGGCUGUUUUCGCUGAACAUCUUGGACAGUCAUAGGCAAACUCCGGCCCUCCAGAUGUUUGGGACUACAUUUCCCAUCACCCCUAGCUAACAGGACCAGGGUCAGGGAUGAUGGGAAUUGUAGUCCUGAACAUCUGGAGGGCCGGAGUUUGCCUAUGCCUGAUUUUGGAUAAUGCAACAAGCUUGGGGAACAUCAUCAUAGCUAUGAAUGUAUGGGUUCUGUAUGGGUUGGGUGGAGCCAUCUUCCUGACGAUGACAUCACUGCUGCUUACCUGGAGGCAGAUGUAGUGGGACAGAGAGACUGCAAAGUUGGAGUCACCAACUAGAGAGUGGUGGCCCCACCGGUGUCUCUACACAGUCCUAACCUUGCCACCACCUUGACUCUUGAAGACCUGGUCCAGGUAAGAACAGCAAAGCCAGUAAAGGUAAAGGACCCCUGUACGGUUCAGUCCAAGUUUUGGGAGAGCAUCUGUGUCCCACCACAAACUCCACUACUAGUUCACCCUCACCUCUCCUUCCAGUGUUCUCUAAUAUUCUGGGUGCUGUAGACUUAGCUCCACAACUUCUUUGAAUGCAGUGUGGAAUCAAGACAACUCCACUGAAAGCACAGCACAUUGAUUGCACUAAAUUGUAUAAACCCAAAUAAGCCCAAAUAAGUUAUGAACACUCAUAAGGACUCGUAAGAAUUGGUACCUCAGAUAAGUUUCAGCUGUAAUUAUUUCUCCCCAAAAUGAAAAAAAGCAAACUAACCCCAUGAUGUCACAUAAUAUUUAUUGUACCUAGAAAUCGCAUACGACCAAAGCUUGAUAGCUCAGUUGGUAGAGCAUGAGACUCUUAAUAUCAAGGUUGUGGGUUUGAGUCUCACAUUGAACAAAGGAUUCCUGCAUUGCAGGGGGUUGGACUAGAUGACCUUCACAGUCCCUCCAAUUCUAUGAAAACAGAAGAGAACAUUUAAAAUUGAAUUAAUAGCAAAUAAAAUCACAUAACCAGAAGAUCAAACUUGCAGCCUAUUUGUAACAUAUUAAAAUAAGAAAAGAUAUUAUGUUUUAAAGGUAUACAUGAAGCAGCUAUAGGUAGACAAUUUGUGAGAGGUUAUUAAGUCUGACAUCAAUAUAUAUAGAGAGAGAGAUACAUUUUGUUUCUCUUCAGGGGAUUCAGCAUGUGAAAAUAUUCCAUAUUUUAAUUGUGUAUUUUGUUUUUGAAAAAGCAACCCUGGGAAUGUGUUUGAAGUGCAGAGGAAAAUUUCUUAAGUAAAUAUUGUACAUUGGAGCAGCAGCAGACCUCUGGAAAUUAUACAGGGCGUACAACACACAGUUCCUCUUUCCAGCAGAAAUGGAACAUUUUCUCCCCCAUUGAUUUGCAUUCUGAGACACAAUCUUUGUAAAAAGCAACCGUUUAAAUAAAAUGGGCAUGGUUUCCCACCAAAGCAGGAAUUUUAGAAGUUUUCUGUAUAUUGGUGUAUAUUAUAAACAACGUAUAUGUAAGUAGAUCACUGGAAUGUAGUGGAUUUAUAGAGAUCCAUUGUGAAUCAGUUGUUCUGGAUGUGUUAACGUUUGUGGAAGAGGAAAAGAAUGAAGGGUUUUCAAAGGUUUAUGUUGUAGCUGUUAAUCCCAACAUGUUUUCCUUCUUCACGGGCAUUUUUUUUGGUCAGAAUACCACAGAAAAAUACUAUUGCAUUCUGCAGCCUUGAAAAUAUGGAAGCCACCCAAAAAACUUUAUUUUUGUUUUGACUGGGCUGAUAGGAGUUGUAGUCCAAAAUAGAUUUUGCUGAGAUUAGAUUAAAACUUGAUUGUUGAUUUGUGUUGUGAUCGUGGUCUCCCCUUCAAGACACCUAGUAAUUAAAAACAACAACAAAAUAUAUAUAUAUAAUUUAACUAUAAACUUUGUAAAUAAGAUCACUCAAUUUAAAGAGCAUACAUUAUUGCAUUAAGAUGGCUAAACCACAAAUUAAGUGACUUGUCAUAAUACUCUUAAUUUCCUUCAAUAAUUCAUAUACAGUGGUACCUCGGUUUAAGAACAGUCCUGUUUACGAACAGUUCAGUUUAUGAACUCUGCAAAACCAGAAGUAGUGUUCUGGUUUGCGAACUUUACCUUGGUCUACAAACGAAAACCGAAUGGUGGAAGGGCACCGGCGGUGGGAAGCCUCAUUAGGUAAAGCGUGCCUCGGUUUAAGAAUGGAUUCAGUUUAAGAACAGACUUCAGGAACGGAUUAAGUUCAUAAACCGAGGUACCACAGUGUAUGUAUGUGUGUGUGUGUGUGCGCACACACACACACACACACACACCUCCCCCUUGAACAAAUAUCCCAGGAUGUGUGGGAAGCCAGUCAAUCCCUGAAAUCUAAUUGACCUUGGAAUGUUUGCCUUCUGUUUUAUUUUGGAAAACAAACAAACAUAGCAUAAAUGUGGAUGGCAUCAAACGCCCACACAAUUUAAGCAAAUGCAUGUAUUUUCUUUUGUCUUUCCUGACAGUGUUCUUCAGUGCACAGAGAAUGUCAACCCGGGAGAUCGUUCGAGAAGUUUUCAGUGUUCUGUUUGCAACACAUCCUUCAGCUCAGAAUUGAGGUUCCAUGUCAGAAUUACUGGACUGCUCUCAUCCUGCUGCUGACCUCCCUUUUGCAUGCUUGCUUGCUUUUCAAGUUCCUUAGUUGUUUUCUGAACCCUAACUGUGCAAGACGAGAAAUGCUUUCAUGCCUACCUGCAGUAGGUUAUGCAUGAAGUGACCCCAGAAGUCUUCUGCGCAGCAUGUGUUAAGCGCACUCAAAAUGCCUGCUGAGAGGCUGAUUCUUUUUGGAGAGGGGGGAAGUAUCUUAUUUCUUGAUGUAUUAUUUUUUCCCCACUCUUCCAACUCUCCAACAUCAGCUACGAGCAACACAAAGAAGCAUGCCGAGGUGAUGCCAGGUUCGUAUGCAAGGCUGACAGCUGCGGGAAGAGGUUCAAGAGCAAGGAUGCUCUGAAAAAACACAAGGAAAAUGUGCACACUGGUAAGCAUAAAAUGUUGAAAUCACUGGUGUUUAGGGAAUCACUUCCCAGUGUUCAAGUUUCCUGAGCUGAAUCUGGAUUCAAGAAAAUGUUGGCCUAUCUGUGGCUAUUAACUGGGAAAACCAAAGUGUUCAGAGGAAGAGAAUGAGAGCUCCAUGUUCAGCUCCAUGUUGAGAGCCAGUGUGGUGAGUGGUUAAGAGCGAUAGACUCGCAAUCUGGGCAACCGGGUUCGCGUCUCCACUCCUCUACAUGCAGCUGCUGGGUGACCUUGGGCUAGUCACACUUCUCUGAAGUCUAUCAGCCCCACUCACCACACAGAGUGUUUGUUGUGGGGGAGGAAGGGAAAGGAGAAUGUUAGCCACUUUGAGACUCCUUCGGGUAGUGAUAAAGCGGGAUAUCAAAUCCAAACUCUUCUCUUCUUCUUCUUCAGAAGCAGGACACUUGAGUACCAGGUUGUGGAAAUAUACACAAGCCCAUGUUUUAUCACUAUCAUCUGGGCUGGUGUCAGUCCAGAGUACCCUUCUCAGAGGCAGUAUGCUGGGAUUUACAAUUGGGGAGUGCGCUGUUGCAUUUAGAUCCUGCUUGUGGGCUUUCCAUGAGCAUCUAAUUGGCCACUGUGGGAACAGGAUGUUGGCCAAAGAUGGACCUUUGGCCUGAUCUAGCAGGGCUCUUCUCAUGUUCUUGGGUAGCUGCAUCAUCGCAGGAUGGCCAGAACUGACAUCCAUGCCAGUUUGGUUCUUCCUGCUAUCCCUCUGGCUGUGUGCUGGGCUUACCUGAGUGGCAGUGACUGCGUGCGGGAAUUUUAACAUGAUGAGCGGUUUUCACAGAUCCAGCCACUGCUGCCAGGUGAGCCUGUAGCCUGUGAGACACUGACUGGCCAAGUUUACAGAUGACCAUUCACCUCCCCCCCCAAACCCCUCUGACAAUCAUUGUGGGCUUCCUAAGAACAACUGGUUAGUUAUUGUUGAAGAUAGAGUGCUGGACUAGGUGAAAAUGGAUAUCCUUAUGUGCUUCCGUUUUGAAACUGUUGGUCAGACAUGGUUCAGAGCAUUACAAGGUUACACUUUUGCACGCUACCUGGAGUGCACAGGGGAGGGCUAAUGAUCCUUCACUACAUUUGAGUCUCCAUGCUUUAAAUCAAACUAUGACUUGAAAGGGGCAGCCUCCCUAAUCUGUAGUGUAAUAUUGGAUCAUAGUAUGGGAAAUUAUGGAAGUUUAAAGCAGAUGUGGCAGGCAGAGCUAAGAGAAAAGGUAAGAGGCUCACAGGUGGGACACUGUCUGGCAAAGCCACCCUUUAAAUAUGCUAUCUGCACACCUAGAGGAAGCCUCCCUCAAAAUCAUCUUCCACUGGUAUUGGACACCACUAAGACUAGCUAAAAUAAACCACAGGCUGUCUUUCCUUCUGUACUGGAAAGGGUGUUGGAAGCCUGGGUAUUAUAUUCAUGUAUGAGGGAAGUGCAUUAUUGUUCAAAAAUUCUAGAUCAAUGUUUUCACAGUUGUUUCUAUUAUUAUUUCUAAACAACCCUUGAAGACUAAUCAAGUCUUAGCACUCCUCCUACUGGAUCUUAGCUCAAGUUGUGCUAAGGGUAACACAAACAAUUAAUUGGUUUUCUUCUUACUGUGGAUUUUUGAGGGGAGUUUUAAAAACGUUUCAUAAGGAAACUUGCACAUUUGACUUUUCCAGCAUUGUAAAGAUGGCCACCGUUCUGCUGUUAAGACAUAGAACAGCCAUGUAAUGUUGGCAGUGGCUCACAGAUUAGCCUGAAGCAUAAUUGGGAUGACUGGAAACUUUUCUUGGUAUUAGUUAAUUAUGUUAAAGGGCAGAGGAAAACAUGUAUUACAGAUUCAAAUCAGAAGAGGUUUUGGUGUGUUUUCAAUUUAUUUAUGACAGGAAAAUCUAAGAGAUAUGUGUAAACUUCAAGAAACUAAUGGAAUUGGAAACCUUGUUUUCUGCGCAUGUCUGAACCUCCAAAAGAAGCCACUAGCCCUUACUUGGCUUGUAGAACUUGACAGGGAGAAAAUACAAUAGUGACACAAAUGGUAGUUUAGCACCAGAACCUGGGAUAGUAGCACUGAGGCCCCAUCUGCUCUGCAUGUUUAAAGGGGUAUCAUACCACUUUAAACAUUCAUGGCUUCUCCCAAAGAAUACUAAGAACAGCAGUUUGUCAAGGGUGCUGAGAGUUGUUAAGAGACACCUAUCUCCCUGACAGAGCUACAGGUCUCAGAGUGGCUUAAUAGUUAGACCCUCAUCCCAGGGAACUCUGGUAAUUGCAGAGGGCCUUCUCGGUAGUGGCACCAGCCCUGUGGAAUGCCCUCCCAUAAGAUGUCAAGGAAAUAAACAACUAUCUGACUUUUAGAAGACAUCUGAAGGCAGCCCUGUUUAGGGAAGUUUUUAAUGUUCGAAGUUUUAUUCUGUUUUUAAUGUUCUGUUGAAAGCCACCCAGAGUGGCUGGGGAAACCCAGCCAGACGGGCGGGGUAGAAAUAAUAAAUUAAUUAUUAUUAUUAUUAUUAUAGCUAUCAGAAGGAAAUAGGGGUCUCCUAACAACUCUCAACAUCCCUAACUAACUAACCAUGACUAUUUCAAGUGGUAUGAUUCUUGUUUAAAUGGUGUGAAUGUGGCAAAAUAUAUAUAUAUGAUAUGGCUGCCUACCAUAAAUGAAGCGGAUAAUCCAGAGUGUUGCUCCAGUGCUGGUCUGAAACUUGUUGAAGGCUGAAAUACCUCUACAGGACACAUCUGUUCCAGGGUGUAACUUUGAUUUAAAAAGUCACCCUCUUUUUCUUGACUGAACUUAGGUCAGGCUGGUAUGUCUUCUGCCACCUCUGGUGGCAAAGGUACAAUGCCGAGAGCUGAGGGAGUUUCUGGGGAGAAGUUGGCAAGGAAACAUUUUCCAUUUCAUUUCACUCUUAAUUUGUAUACCGCCUUUCCAUAUUACUAUACACAAGGCAGUUUGCAAGCUGAAGAAACAACGAAAUAGACAGCAAAGAUCAUCACACCUAAUAACAAUAUGAUCCAAUACAAAAAGUCAUAAUAAAAACAUAACUUUAAAAUAAACAUUAUUAGGAGCAGGGGUAGAGAAAGCACAGUACAUUUUUUUUCAUCUUCUGUGGAGAUGCCUGCAAGAACCACAGUACCACUGUCUGAAGUCUGAAACGAUCUUCAGUUUAUUGGCCCUCAUCCAGUCUAUUACUGACUCUGGACACUGUUUCAACUCUUCCACAGCAUUGCCUGAAUUCACUGAGACUCAUUUAAGCCUAUGGGACAAAAUCAUUCUAAACUAUGGACUAUGGCUGCCUUCACUAACUUGGUUCCCUUCAGAUGUUUGGGAGUUGUAGUCUAAAACAUUUGGAGAGCACAAGACUGGUGAAAGCUAAACUAUGAUUUAUUCCUCAUAAUUGCUUAUUGUAAACACAGCACUUUUAGAAAAUAAUCAGUAAUUGAUAACUAAACUCUUGUUGCAUUCUGAACUGGAGGCUAAUAAAUGGAUAUGUUCUCAUUGAUUAUAUUAGGUGAUAUAAUAUAAUUGGAUAUUUAUUUAUUUUUUAAGCAGCCAAAACUUUCUUGACGCUACAUUCCACAGGCAAAAACUUCUGUAGGGCACCCACAGAGCUGUCCUGUAACAUAAUACAUUUGAGGUGGGGUAAAAGUGUAAAAUUCUUGUGUCCAUCAAAUGGCCUGUGAAAAAUGGCACAGGCAGUGAAAACAUUUGGCCUCUUCCUUUGUACUUCUUUAUUAAAGCUGUUGGUGGUAUUUUUGUUUCUGGCUUAGGAAACUCUAGGAAGAGGCUGAUGUGCUCAGUGUGCAAUAAGAGGUGUUCUUCAGCAACAAAUCUUCAAGAGCAUCGAAAGGUCAGUAAAAUGAAGGCUGACCCCCAGCAGGUUGUGUCUCUGCCGAGGUAGAAGGCCAUAGAGUAGGGUCGCUAGAGAGCUGCUGAAAUUCAGACUAUCGUUUUUCUCAUGUUCACAAAGACAGUAGUCUCUUUAGAUCCUGAGAUUUUUAUUUUCACAACCACACAGUAAAUGAAAAGAAAAUGAUCUUUUGUUUCUCUUCUUUUCUUUCAUUUGCUGUGAUCAGUACUUUAUCUUUCUGUUACGUUUUCACUUUUCAGUCAAAUUCCAUGUAGAACACUGAAUAUAUUCUGAAUCCAUUAAACCUAAAACACCCUAAAAGAAUAAUUGGAUAACUGGCAAAUCCACAUAAGGAAUUAAUUUCUUUUAACAGAAGCCCACUGCAUAUUGUUUGUCCUGCUAAAGGCUAUUAAUGCUAAGAGUCAAAGCAGCAAGUAGCGUGCAACAAAAAUAAUCAGGAUUUAAAAGAAAAGAAAAGCUUACUGCUCUAACCUUUACAAAUUAUGGAAACGAAGCAAACAGGUAUCUUUGCUAAUAGGUAUCUGUUUACCUGGUAUGCAAAAUGCACUUUGCUUCUGCUUGUGACAGAUUGAGGGGACACAAUAGCCCUGAUCCUGCAAAUCUUGUUCAAAAUACCUCUGGCAUUUUGAGAUUUUUCUAGGUAUCAGCCACACAUUUGCAAGCUAAUCAGGUACUCUUAAUUGCUAGAAACAGAUUUUUAAAAUGAAAAGUGACUUUCCCAACUUUUCUGUCUAAUACCAAAUUCUGCACUUAUACUGUAUAAUUAUUUUCUAUUCGAAAAGUGCAUCUAAACUAUUUUCAGUUGACCUAAACUAAAUCACAUUUUGGGGGCAUCCUUUUGAUGUGUAGAAGAACUUGCAGUUGUUGCAACUUCAGGACACUGAAGACACAAAGACAUUUGCUGAAAAUUCAUAGGGCAAUUUAAUUGCAUUAAUAAGCACCCUUUAACUGCGUUAAUAAACCUGCCUGAAUUUCACUUCAGUUUGCUUGGGUUUUUGUCAGGUUUCUACUGCUGCCUGCCCUUAUUCUUUGCCAGUGUUAUUAAUUGCCAGACUUUAUAUCUUGUUUUGCAGCAACACCAAGUCAUAGGACCUAUUAUAAGAAUCCCAGCAGCAGCAUAAAUAACCAGUCUCUCUGCAACUCAGCAAUGUUGCCUCCAUGCUUACUCCAAGCCACUGUAUGCUAGUACCAUAUAAAGGGUUUUUUGGGGGGCCAGGGGAGUUUUUGGGUAUCUUUUAUUUACGUAAAAAUAGCUUUAGUGGGAAUUUUGAGGGUUUAUGUGGCAAAUAAGGCACAGCUGGUAAGACAGAUUCUAUUAAUUAGGCUGCAUUUAUUACAGUACGAUACUGGAAAGGGAGAUGAAAAUCUUCUGUAGAUUUUCUUUUAAAAACUCUUAAAAAAUAUAUUGUUUGCAUGAAUCUUCUUCUGACCUUUUAGCUGAAGACAGUCUUCAGAAAGGAAUGUUUGAAGAUUUUUUACUUUGUGUCUAGCUGAGUAUCACAUCGGGGGUAGGAGCUCAUUGCUCGUAAAACCUGGUUUAAGAUCUGGUCUUAUAAGAAGAAAGGUGGUUGUGUUUCCCGCUUUAUUUUACAAAUAUCCCAGAAAGCCAUAAACUGGAAAAUCAUUCCUUUGAGCUGUACAAUUAAGUUCUACUUAAAGCUAUGGCAUUGAGAUUAUGUGGUGAACCAGCUGCAUUGAUAGGGUUCCACCAUUGUAGGCAUUUGUUGCUGGGAGAAUCAUGCCAAAUAUAGACUGCAUGUCUGAACAAGUUCACCUAAAUGCAGGUCUGCAUCAGCAUACGGAAAGUCCACUUCAUUUUGUGGCAGCUGCCUUUCACAACCAGCUUGUUCUUUGGGGUGGUGGUAUCCAUUACAGCUUAACCACAUUUGGUUCAUGCUAAUUCAGAUGUACCUGUGAAAGGUGUGGCAGUCUGGAUAGGCCUUUAGGUCUGUUGUUCUGACUGGCUGAAGAUCAACUACAGCAUAGUGGCAAAUAAGGGUCAAUACUCCACUAAGUUAUUAUAAAAUUUAGUGAUCUUAGGCAUAUGAAACAAGGACCGGCCUUAUCAUUGGACCAUCUAGCCCAGCCUUUUUCAACCUUGGAUCCCUGAUGUUAGAUUACAACUCACAUCAUGCCUAACCAUUGGCAAAACUGGCUGGAGAUGAUGGGAGUUCCAGUCUGAUCUAGCCAAUGCUACAGUCUUGGGUAACCUUUGACCCUCUAAAUGUUUUUGGACUACAACGCACAUUAUCGCUGGUAUUAGCUGGGACUGAUGGGAAAUGAGAGUCCAACAAUAUCUGAAGCUCCAAAGGUUCCCCAGCCCUGCAAUAUGAUCUACUUAGACUAGCAACAGAAGUUUUCAAGGUCUCAGGCACAUUUGUGCCAGCCCUGUUGACCAGGAUCCUUUUAAUUGGUUUAGGACUUUGGUUAUACCAAGCAUGUGCCCUACAGUGGUACCUCGGGUUAAGUACUUAAUUCGUUCUGGAGGUCCGUUCUUAACCUGGAACUGUUCUUAACCUGAAGCACCACUUUAGCUAAUGCUGCCGCCGCACCGCCGGAUCACAAUUCUUAUCCUGAAGCAAAGUUCUUAACCUGAAGCACUAUUUCUGGGUUAGUGGAGUGUGUAACCUGAAACGUAUGUAACCUGAAGUGUAUGUAAGGUAUCACUGUAUUAAUAGGUUCCUGUGACUUGAAAACAAAAUGCCAACUGAAAACAUCCCUUAAAAUUCAGACCUAUGAGGAUUCUUUUGUUUCCAGUGCAGACUCUAGGUUACCUGUAUACUAAUUUACCUGUCCUUCACAUUUUUAAUAUUAUUUCUAAGCAGUUUGUUUAAUAGCUACCUUCAAAGGCAAAAAACUGAUGCAAAUCCAGGAACAGUUUUUGGAGGGUAGUGAUACAGAAUGAGAAAUCUCUUUCACAGACAUAUAGUUGUGAAGUUAAUUCCUGCAUAAAGCCUAGAACUAGCCAGCUAUUUCGAAUUGUCUUAAAAGUUUGAAAGGUCAGAUCGCAUUGCUUGGAUUAGUGAAUCUCUUUAGGGGCUUAUAGUAUUAGUUGAGUUCUAACGAAAAACAAUCAGGCAGAUUUAUGGACUGUAAGUCAAAGUCUGUCAGGAAUUACCCAAUCUGAGGGGUAUCCCUAAACAUUGCUAUGCAAGUAUUUCAGAGAGUGUUACUUGUUCUGUAAUUAUUCUUUCCUCUUGAUUUUCUUCCAACUGUUUUUUGGUUGAUUUUCAUGUUGCUGCUGCACACAUAGGGUUUUUUUGGUUUGGGGUUUUUUGAAGGGCAAAGGACACCUUUCUACUCACCAAACCAGUAGAUUAAAGGACAAACUAGGUGUGAUGGCAGCAGCUUUUAAUGUGUCUGCCUCCUUUGCCUAAAGAGCAAGGGGGAAUCUUACCUCAACAAUAAAAAAGCACAUAGGAAAGAGGUCCUGAACCCUGAUGCUCUGGGGACAUUUUGCAGUUCCCUGGUUAAAUUUGUACCCCAUUAUUCCUCCCAACAGAGCCCAGGUCAGCAAACAGCAAAAUAUUUAAACAUAAUUAAUGUUUUGUGUUCUAUUUUCCUCUUUGAGGAGAUUAGACAUUUCCACAUCCACUUUAGAUAACCCUCAGUUUCCUAUUAUGUUCAAAUCCUAACUCUGGAUAACAUAGUUAAGAUUAACCACAGUUUGGGUUUGGAUAUUACAACAAGUAGUGGUUAAUCUAAAAUGGAAGCAAAAAUAUCUGAAUUUAUCACUGUAGCUGCACUCAGAGGAGGACAAUACACAUCUGGAUUUUGCUGUAGCUCAUUCUCAUAAUGUACAGGCCUACAUUUUUGAGAAAUUAAAGAGAAUCCUCUAUCUAGGCAUGAUGCUGUACCUAGAUUAUGACACGAUGCAAAAUUUAUGGUGCUAUAACUUUCCUUCUGACCCCAAGCCUAACACGGAGGUGGGAAUUUGGAGCAGACUCUUGAUUAUAUUAAACAUUGGGCAUUUGAUGGUGUUGCAAGUUCCACAAAGGACUAUCUGGAACAAAUAAUUAAAUGGAAAAAGGCUUUUCAUAGAAAUAUCAAAACCACAUAAAAAUUAUGUCUGCAGCAACAUUUGGAAUCACAGGUUUCUUGGAAAGCAGAGAAGAAAAGCAAAUGUAGAGAAAGAGGUCAAAUAUAUCAUCUAGUUUUGAAUUUAGUCAUACUCAUAGUACCCCCAUUGAAAUUAUUGGAUCUAAGGUGCUAAAUCCAUACUGUGGUUAUCGCCUAGUUGGUUCUCAUGCAAAAUUAAUCUAUGUCAAGUUCACCUUUGGAAAGUUUGGCAAAUUAUUUUUUGUCCUUUUUAAUAAGACAAAUGAAGAUUUCUGAAACUGUCACUUUUAAAAAAUGAAGAAAUAUGUUCAUUUCAGGCUACACAGACCUUGGUUAGGCUCAAGCAAUUCGGACAAUUAGUGUUUUUUGUCUCCAGACAUCUUUGUCCAGAAGCUUGGUACUCAAAGAACGGUAAUAUAGAGUUAUAUUUACAUUUUUAAAAUCAUUGCUACUUUGGAAAAUAUGAUAGUAGCCAAGAGAAUGAUUUCCAGUGCAAUUCUUAUACAAGUUUACUAAGAAAUGACUGCCACUGUAUUCAAUAGGGCUUACUCUCUGGUAAGUAUGACUAGUGUUUAUGAGUACAUUAUACUAUAAUUAUAUUCUUCUUAGAAGUCAGUGCACAUUAUUGAAAUGUUCACUGUAUUUUCAGGCUUUAUGCUAGAAGAAAAAGGUUAUGUAUAAAAAUUGCCUAUUCUGAGAGAAUUAUUUUUUUUGGGGGGUGAACACAUAUUCUACAGUAGUUCUAGAAAUGUUGAUUUUUAAUUUUUUAAAGAGUGGGUUAUGGAUUGUGGACUGUGAGGUAAUUUUUGUUCACUGGAAUGAACUUUUUAAUUUUGGAAAUGUGGUUGUUAAGCAAAGGAGUUAAGGAAGGAAGUACAUCCAUGAGAAUUAGCAUAGCUCCGAGCUAAGGAAUAAUUACAGUCUAUUUGAGAUGUUCUUUUAUUAGCUUAAGAUGUGUGAUCUUGUGUAAGACACAUACUUAAUUAUCAUUAAAUACUCAUAUUGCAGGUUCAUGAGAUCUUUGAGUGUCAGGAAUGUGACAAGAAAUUUAUUUCAGCUAACCAGCUAAAACGCCAUAUGAUUACUCACUCAGGUAAAAACCUUUUUCUUUUUUUAUUAAAUCAAGCUUCACAUAAUACCUUGAAUUGCUAUUGUAUAUAUUUUUGUUAUUGUAUUGGGCUUUGCAUUAACAAACAGGUAAGACCUAAUAAUGAGGCUCUUUGGUAGUUGGUUCCAUAACCUAGUUUUGUCAAUUUAAGUGGAGGGAAGUCUGUGGCCCUCCAGAUGUUGUUGGAUUCCACUGCCCUUCAGGUCAGGAAUAAUGGGAUUUGUGGCCCCAACAUCUGGAGAGGUUCAGUUUAUUCAUCCCUGAUUUAAGAUGGCUGUUCACAUGAAUAAGGCAUAUACCGCAGCUCUGAACACUUGCUUGUUACACUUGCUUCCAUUGUAAGUGUGUUUGGAGUUUUGGCAGCCUAAAAAUGAUUUAGCUAAAAGGACUGAUUUAAUUGGUUUGAGAGUUUCAGCCAACGCAUAUAAUCCUAAUACUUUACAAUUAAUAGGUUGAGCGUUUCCUUUUAGAAAACCCCAAGUUUAUUAUAUAGGCUCCUGCUUCCACAUAUCUUUUUUCUUCUUGGACACACUUGCAUCAUAAUAUUUGCCUUGAAACUUGAUUGAAUAGUUAUUUUUUUUAAAAGUUAGUAGGCUCAUUGUAUGGUAGAAAUAAUGUAAGCGAUGCAGAGAUGGCUUGAGGAAAUGGCUUUUUUCCAGGACGUUUCCUUGGGCUGAAAUAAAUGGGAAGGUAUUUAAAUUAUCUAUUGGUCUCUAGGUAUCAACAAGAUGCUUCCAUUGUUUCUAAAGCAGACCAUAUACACCUUUAGGCAAUAGCCUGAGCAGGCACCUUAUCUAUGAUGGAACUGGCAGAGGAGAAGCCAUGUAGAAUUUGCAAGAAACACUGUUUUGUCUGAUUGGACUCUGCCACUUAUUUCUGUUCAUUAAGCUCUGGCAUUUCCACAUCUUUCAUUCAAUAAUUGGAAAAAGGUGCAAUCAAAACCUGAAUUUUUGUUCCCUUCCUAAAUGCUUUAAAACAGGGUUUCAACAUUGCUAAAACGGUUGAUGUUUAGCUGCUAUCUCCAUUUCAUUGCAUGCUUGAAGUGCAUUUGUUUAAACAAGCAAACAAAAAGGACUGUAUCUCAGGGGCAUUUAGCUGAGUUUUGAGAUUCUGGAUUAGAAUAUUCUACAUUGUAGUGCUAGGCUUCAUAUAGCAACUGAAACACAAAAGCAUAUACACACCAACUCUGGUUGUUUUAAAAACGAAUCUGCUAUGUAUAUUGUUAAUUAAGUUUUAAAACAUUUAAACUGUCAUGCCCUCGUUCACAUUUGUAGUCUGGCAACAGGCUUUGCCUCUUUGAAGUCAUUCUCUUUUGAUUUAAGCUAAUUAAUCAGAGUUUAGUUUUAGCCAUGAUUGUUGCAAAGAACGUGCCAAUUUCUCGAGAUGCGCCAUGGCUCAUCUUUUACGAAGCGACUUAACUGUGUAACAUAAAGGGCAUUAGAUGUCUUUCUAAUUGGUUUAAUCUUAAUUGGGUUGACUUCAUUGCAGAAAUCUCUCCAACGAGAUGGCUGUCUCUGCCUUUCAUCUUCUACCCCUAUAUAAACAGGAGAUUAAAUGUCCCCCCACUCAUUUUCUGCAGAAAAACGCCCCUACACCUGCGAGGUUUGCAAUAAGUCCUUCAAACGACUUGAUCAAGUGACUGCACACAAAAUAAUACACAGUGAAGAUAAACCCUAUAAAUGCAAGCUUUGUGGAAAGGGAUUUGCCCACAGAAAUGUUUACAAGAAUCACAAGAAGGUAAAAACAAAAACAAAAACAAAAAAACACUCCGCUGUUGUUGUUUACAGCUCUGCCAGGCUUAGAUUUGCAGCUGUUGCUCAUUUUAGUGAUGGAUCAGUGCGCUUUGGCAUGCUUAGAAACAUGAGCUUCAAAUCUUGCAAAAUAUAUUAGCUAGCGUUCCUUUGCGAUAGCCUAGAUAUCUAGAUCAUAAACGGGUCCUUUGUGAUUGUUUCUUUCUUUCUAAUCAGUCCAAACUAGUUCAACUGAUUGCAUACUUGUUUUGAUUUUGUUCCUUUAGGAAUUUUUUUUUUUUAAAAGAGUAACUUCUUAACUAUAUCUAUCUAUUGUGAUGUUGCAGUCAUUUUUUCUCUUUGUGGCAGACAUUAUCAGGAGAGCCGUUAAAGUUUGCACUGACGACAUUUCAGUUAGACAUGAUUUCAGCAACAGAAGAAAACUCUGCCCCCAAAGUACAGAGGGACCUCACAUUCAGGCUCCACUAAAUGACUCCUGGCUGUGUGAUUUAAGCUCCAAUCUGCCUGCCCUAAUUUUGAUAAUGCCUGUCAUUACUUUUGACCCUGGGUUACGUUUUCAAUGGCACGGCUGCACCCUUGACUGCUGCCGCUGCUUCAGAAUUGCAAGACUGUAAAAAAUUAUCUGGCUGGUUUCCUGCUUAGUCUUUGAAACCCUAUUGCUCCUUCCCUCCACCCGCCCCUUGCGCCAACACUUUGAUGAAAUAGAUAUACCAAUACUUACACAUUUUUCACAGUUUGGCUCAUGUUAUAUGCCAUCUGGGAAUCUGGCACCGGAUCUUUGCACCAUCUUUUGUGUUUUCAGCCAUAAAUCAUAUGAAAGUAAUAAUAAUAACCAGAAUGCUUCUAACAGGGUGAAACAAUGAUGACUGUUCUUUCUAAGGCAGACAGGAUGCAUGAGCCCGUUGAAAGACACAAGAGCUUGCAUAUCAGGACCAUAGCUUACAUAUGUAAUGACCUUUUAAAAAUACAACUUACAAACUGGCUACAUUGAGAGCAAAGUGACUGAAAGCUAUUCUGAGUAGUCAACUUUAAAUUAAAAAGAGAGGGAGAGGGAAAGGAGGGGGAAAACAUGUCCCGUCCCCCCAGUAAUCUCUGUGUCCUGAAGCAUUAUUCAUUCAAUAAAUAUUGAAAACCUAGUGUGGACCUUGCCCCUGAAAUUGCUUUGAGGGUCAUGGAAAUAUGUCCACAUCGGUGUAUUUUUAUGUAUGAGGUGUGAAGAUUGAAUUAGGGCAUUUCCAUUUUGGAAAGCUCAAGCAGCAGAGCUGGGAUGGGCCCCAGCCUCAGUCUCUGAACCCCUGGAUUUGAAGCUCAUUAACAAUAUUGGACCUAGUAGAUCAGGGAUGGACUUGCUUCAGUUUGCAUGGUAUGCUUUUCUUUCUAUCUUGCUUGAAUACUCCUGGCCCAACAGUGUGCUUUUACAAAGCUGGGUAUCACUGAUCUUCGUUGAGGGAUCAAGAAUAUGCAUGUUUGCUUAAGAAGUGCCUAGCUUGAUUCAAAGCAAGAUAAAUCAGGUCCUACAUUCGCAAGCAGGGGUGUCAAUGUGAAUAAGAUAUUGAGGGGGCCAAGAUAAGCCCCACCUUGCACAAUCGAUCACAUGAUGCGGUGCAUGCACACCACCCCUCAGAUAUUUUACUGGGGGGCAAAAGCCCCUUCAUCUCCUAGGAGAAGGCUUCUAUGUUUGCAAGUACUGCUGCAAACAGCAGACACAAGAUGGCCCCCGGCACAUUGGCUUGUGGUUCACCAAGGGAUUGGGACCCUCUUCCUGCCCAUUCCUAUGGCAGACCAUCGGUCUGAAUGAACAAGUCUGAGACUAUUCAGUGCUAAAAAAGAUAAAGACCUGAAUCAUGGUUACCAAUAAGAAUAGUUGACUCAAUUUGCAUGAAUUAUACAGAUUAAGCAAAUGCGUAUAUUAUGCAUAGUUAAUUCUGCACCUGUAGGUUAGGGUAGAAGGUGAAAAGCUAAGUUGCUUCCAACAACUGGAAAGUGUGCCUCUGAGCUAUAGACAGGCUCAGAGAAUUUUCAGCCCUAUUUGUACAGCUUUAAGGGGUGAAGCUUUAAAAGAGCAAGCAGUGCUCCCUCAAAACCCUUCAAUUGUUCCACGUCAUUAAAACAGCAAGUAAAAAUUGGCAUAAACUACACUAAAUGAGCUACAGUGGCUGUUACAGAAGCUUGUGAAUCUCAGCUUUCUUUUUUCUCUUUUAAACCCUUAUGGUUUCAAAGAUAAGACCGGGAAACAUGAUAGCAAUUUGGGCUGGAAGCUCAGAAACCAGAUGGCAAGUGAAAAGGAACUGUAAUUCAUUCAUUUUCUCUUAAGUUUACUAAAGUUCUUAGUUUCAAGCUCAGAACUGAAAGAUUACAAGUCUUCAAAUUUUUAGCAUUUGGCGAUAAUAAUUCUGUAGUAAGAAGCUAUCUACGCUAGUGCCUGAGACGCAGCAACUGAUAUGAAAAUACCUGCUAAUUAUAUUGGCUAUGGCUAUGUACAAUUGAAUAUACUAGUGAGCUGUAGCAGAUAGGGUUCAUGCAGUUCAUGAGCUGUUUGUGACUGUGGUCCAAAACAGACUGACUUCAUACACUUUUCUCGCAGUUUGGCUCCACCACCAAAAGUGAGCUGAGUUGUGGAGAAAAGUUUCUGAAGCAACAUAUUGCAACUAGGUCAGCUGGGAAGCAGACAAGCUUAUCUCAUCUCACCUAUGUACAACUUUUGUUGCAAAAAGCAGACCCCACCCCUCCCUUUAAAGAUGAAUGAAGUAUUAACCUAUGUCUCUCUGUGUGGUUAAAGGAAUAUGAAUGGACGCCAGUACUGUAAUUCUAUUUUUGCCCUCAAGUCUACUUCACAGAGUGUAGUAAACCGGUCCCUGGGCUGUUGUAUUUCAGUCUAUAUGUGGAGGCUCCCAUGUUUGAAUCUUCCUUCAUAACAAUAACAAAUCACUAAGUAUAGAGAAAUAGCAUUUCAAGGGCUGGGCAACAAUACUCCCCCCCCUCAUGUCUAGCUUUCUCUAGCUUUCCCUAUGCAGGUUUUGUUUGGGGGGGGGUUAUGGAAGAGCAUUCUGUCAUGUGAACCCCCACCUGCCAUUUGAAAUGGUACUGUCUAGGUGAAGGGUUGACACUACCUCAGGGAAAUCUACAUCUGAGGUACCCACUUGUAAUCUCUUUUUGUAUGCAUUUUGUGCUACUCUGAGUAGUGCUUCAUUUGUAAAAUAUCAGGGGCUGGUUCUGAGUCAUAUAAACAAGUUUAUCUGGAAAUCUUCUCUUUAAUCUAUGGAUUUAACUGGAGUAAUUGUGCACAUUUGUUUUAUUUAUCUGAUUUAGGAAAUGAAUGCACUACUGACCAUUUUUAGCAAAAUCUCUAUAGAGUGGCUUACAAGGUGUCAUAAAAUGUUACAAAACAGAAAUGGGAAUACAGUAAAGACAUUAUAAAAAUCUGUUGAACCUCUUCAAACAUAUGCUGCUUGUUCCUGUGCUUCUCCCAGAAAACAGGUUAUAUUAUAGCAGCCUUCUCCAACCUUUAGAUGUUUUAGACCACUACUCCCAAUAGUCAGGGAUGAUGGGGACUGCAGUCCUUUCACAUUUGGAGGGCACCUGCUUUUGGGGGAUAAAUGGGAGGGAAAUGCAGGAAGCAAAAGUGUAGUUUAGUGGCCAACAUGUUUUGGACCUUGUUAGUGAGUUCUACAAAUAAAAAUAUUUGUAUAGUUAACAGAACUGUGCAUUAGAGAUAAGACCUAGUCUAAUGAAGUUCUGUCUCUGUGUGGUUUUAAGAAGGGAAAAGCCAUAGCUUAGUGAUAGAGCAUACACAGUUCAGCUCCUGUGCUCAGGUUAGCUGAAUUGGGAAAGAGCUCCUUUGGUGACUUUGGAGAAGCAGUGCCAUUCAGAAUAUGCAGAAUACUGGGCUAGAUGAUCCAUAUCAAAGGCCUGCUUAGUAGCAGACAUCUCCUGAUCCGCAAGCCUGAUUUGAUCCAGUAGUUACCAAAAAUUCCAAAACACAUCUAACAAAUCAUAUCAAAGCACCAACUUUGGUGCUUUAUUAUUCGUCUGCAACAGGCAUGGCUUGGUCAGAAGAGCAAAAUCCAACUCCUAUAACAAAAAACAUGUUUUUCAAAUUUGAUACCGUCAAAUAUAAAUCCAUGAUAAUCUUGUGGUCUUUGCACUGAAUUGGUAUUAGAACCAUUUCUCUUAAGAAUAUUUAAUGAAAAACAGGACAUGGAGAUUGUGCCCUCUGGGAGGGUUUUAUUAUAUGCUUUGGGCAGAGGUUGCCUUGACGCCUAUGGAUAAUUUUUUUAUGGAUACAUAAUCUGGUGGUGUGCUGGAGCAUCAGAACAAACUUGGCUGACUCGAAGUGUGUGUUUGACUAUUUUCCAAGUUUACCCAGUGCUGUAACUGAUGUGGUUUAACACAGUCUUUUCACAACAAGGAGUUGAUUUCAUUUUGAGGUGGCCCAGUUAUCCAUGUGUAGCAUAUAAAACACUUGCACUGCAAUGGUUCUUAUCACCUCAGAUUAUAAAAUGGCUAACAAUAGCACCUUGGUUGUACACACUUUCAUUAUUUCACUUUGUAUAGUGCAGGGCUUGUCUACAAUGAAGUUUACUGUGUGUCUGCAGCUGUUAACAUUCCUAUUUAAUUUGCACAAUCUACAUGACAUUACCUUCCAACAAUACCAACCCUGAUGCUCUCCCCUUGUAAAUGUGGGUUUAACCAUACAAGGAUAACCUAAUGAACUGGGGGGAAUUUGCCCUCCAACUGCUUCACUCGGGGUCACAGACUAUGUGUUGCAGUUCUUUCGGAGAGGUGAAUCACCACUUUCUGCUCUUCCCCUUUGCAUGACCACUACUUCCCUUGUGCUUUCAUUUCCUUUUAUGUACAUUCUUGUAGCUAUUUCUGGCACGCUCCUGAACGAAGUGUAGCCUUAAGACAUUUCUUAAUUUUGCUCCUUCAGAUUUGCACAAAACCAGAAAAUUACACAAACCAGUCACAUUAAAAAUGGUUUCCCGAACAUUUAUAUUUGGCUGACUACGGGCUUUUGUUUACAUCCUGGACUCAGGGCUCAUCCAAAUCCUGGGUAAGUCCCAUAAAAGGAGGAUUCUGGGGAGUGACUUACCCCACUCCAAACUUAGUUUAGCUGAGUCAUGUGACCUAUUAACCCAAUAGAAUUUACUUGAGCAGAAGGGUUGGUGUAAGUCAAGGGUGGUGUAAGCGGACACAGCUGGCAGUAGCCCCACUCCUGAACCAAGUUUGGGAAAAAAUUGCCCUGGCUUCCUAUCAUUUGGAUUGCUUUAUAAGUGACUAGGUCAGCCACACUCUCUCAGCCUAAUCCUACCCCACAGGGUUUUUGCGACAAUAACAGGCAGGGAGGCAUGUGUGUUACACUGAUUUGUGGUGUAAGAUAACAAGCUAGUUCUGUACAAUAAAUGUUUCCAGCUCUGCUUUCCUGAUCCAUUGCCCCACCACCCUGGCAGAUGCCUUUUAUGUUUAACUAGUAACUGUGGAGACAUUAGCAGGCCCUGAGUAAAGGGGGCAUGGGGAUGCAAGGCAGAGAGGAAAGCACAGUGUCCCUACAGAUUUGCCAUAAAAAGAAGUGCUUUAUUGAACACUCCACAUGCAUAAGACAGAGUGUCUAAUAAAAACAUAUGCAUUCUUGGCAACUCCUCCCAAUCAAAACAACUUAAAAACCCUGCUACAUGCAGAGAGGUCAGUUAUCUGAGACACCCCUAAUGAGACUGGGUGCCUUUACCUGAUGCGGGAGAAGAGAAUCUCUUUAAGAAACUGGAUCUAAAGCCUACCUGUAUAUACCUUUAAAGGUUUUCUCAUAUAUCAGGCCAUGGCUUCACAUUACAGAUAGGCUUUAAAAGAUGUUUGAAAUCUUCACAAUGGUUUCAUGGAUCAUGUUUCCUUACAAUGUAACAUGCUACUCAUUUGUAAUAUUUGGGUAGUGGAAGAAGAGGAGGAGGACCAUGUGUGUGCUUGGGCAUCAUAAAUUAUUUUUAUUUCUUUGAGAGCUGCUUUAUAUCACUAUGCAUGUUAAAUUGGUUUAGUAUAGAAUAUGACUAGAAUACUUCAGGAUAGUUUGCAUAUUUGAUUCCCUAAGAGUUGUGGAAGCGUGGUUGGGCUGUAUAAGAGACCUCUGAUGAUUUCCCAUCCUCUGAUAUGGCAUCUUCACUCUGGGCAAAAAGAGCUAGAAAGAGGUCAUAGUCUGGAGAUCUCCUCUUGAUCUGCCCAAGAGCUGACAGGGUCAAUAUUGUCAUUAACAGCAAUCAAGAAGGAGGUACAUUUGCAUUUGUAAUACUGGGUGCAUUUUUUUUACAUCCCUUGUUAUUGCAUAUUUAUAAUGUUGAAAGGAGCAAAAAUAGAAUAGAAAUUACAUGAAGCUGAUAAAAUCUGAAAGAAAAUAAACACUGCUUAGAAAUGUAAAUUAAUAAAACCAUUUCCUACUAAAUGAAUUGCUGUACUGAGCCUCUAAUUCUAUUGAUGUUCCAAACUCUCCAUAGCUUCCAAAAGAGUGACCAAAUGUAUGCAGUUCAACCAUCUUUAAUUUAUUACUUUGCACUCUGUCUACUGGUCUACUCUACUAUGAGGAACUGUUCGGUCUUCCAGAGUUGUAGAACAAGCUGCUUCUCUUAUAACCUAGAAAAUAUGUGUCUUCAAACAGCAGUCAAUCAGCACUGCAAAUGGCUUUGGAAAUUCUACAUGAUUUCACUCAUGUGGGCUUGUGUUAGGAAGAGAAAUUAGUCAAAACUCUUGAUAAAUAUAGGUCCUUCAAAUGUGAGCACAGUCAACAAAGUUCUGCAUGUAGUUAACUGAGAGCCAAUUGAAACAUUAUAGCUCCCAUGCGAAGGCUGAUUAAAAAGUGUUUAUCCUCAUGCUUUGUAUGCUAGGCAUAACAUUUAAAAGCCUCUUACACUAUGUAUUGGCUCAAAUUUGUACAAGGGCCAGCAAUUGCUUGGGAUGUGCAUUGCUGCUACUGGUGUGAAAACACUGCACAUUUUGGUAAAUGGGAGAAAUGACAAGCUUUUAAAUGCUACUCACAAUGCUUUUGGGAGUCUGUAACAUUUAAACCUGGCCUGAUAAUUCUUGUAAGGGAGUGACAGUGGUUUUGGUAUUCAGGAUAGUGGUUUAGAAAAGCCGAUAAAGGGCUGUUAAGUGGCAAAGCAAGAGAAACUCUGCAGCUCUUCUGAAUGAAACUUAAGGGCUUGUUUACAUGAUCUAGGAAUAGGGUGACCAGAUGCCAAUGAAGACAAGAUUCCUGCACCUUUUAACAGUGGCAUAGGGGAGGGAAUUUCAGCAGGCUAGAGUGCAAACUACACAUGCUGAAAUUCAUUUUUCUAAAGGUGUAGUCCUGUCAUCUUUUGCAUCUGGAUACCAUAUAAGGAAAGCAGAGUUGAUACAGCUGAAUUAACCAUUCUUCGUGCAGGAAAUAAAUCCCAGAGUGAGAUCGUCAUACUUUCAGGUUCAAGGUCUACAGUUUCCCCACUUUACUCUUUGCACAAGAGACAAGGCAAGUCCAAAUACUUCUGAUUAUCUGGGGGUGCUUUCUAUGCUCUCAGUUUGGUUUAGCUUCUGAUCAGAUUAAAAGAAAUCAGAAGGUAAAUCUAUUUAAGAUGUUCAAAAAGCCAGAUAGCUGAUCACCUAAGCAAGCCCCAAGUGUGUUAUUAAAUGAGGGCGGGGGAUUUUUCACUCAUGCAUGGUGCCAGAUUAACAGCCCUAGAGACUGAAGCCUUCUAUUUAUCCACAGAACAGGUACAGCACAGUCAGCAGCCAUGCAAGCUUUCCCACAGCAAAGUAUCAACCAAUUGUCUCAACCCUGUUCUGGAGGAACCACCUGUUGAGGUGAGAAGGUAGUUCAGUCUCUUUAUGUCCAGACUUGAUUUGGCUUUUCUGUAGCAACUGCUGUUAAAGAGCCACACCAAUAGCCCUAACAAGGAUGUGGACUUUGGAGAAAAGCUUCCAGCCUUUUGUGUUGGCCACAUCCAUUAAAAAAAAGUGGUGUUAACUGAUAACACAAUAUUUUGUUCUAUGCAAUGGAGGAACAAAUUUGAAAAUAUGUCUCAAUGAUUUUUCUGGUUAAAGAGUUUUCACAUCCCCUGCCAUAGAUUAUCAGAAAAUGACAACAGGGGAACAUGGUCAUUUUAGUUUCUUCUGCCUCCUGAUUAUUGUGAAGAGGCUGAGAAAACAAAUCCUAUGCUUCUCAGCAGGAAAUUAUGCUGCUGUACAUGCAGAAGGCAUGCAGUUUCUGGUUAAAAGGGGGAAAAGGAAAGGUUUCUUCUGUCCCCCACUGCUGGUUUCAACCUUCUCUUUCACAAUGAAAGUUUGAGAAGGAGAUGGAAGACUGUUGAGGCCACGCUUCACUUAUUUGCUUGAGCUCUCUUGGGAAAACCUAAAGCAACUCAAGUCCCCCUUCUUGGCUGAGCAUUUUCCAGAAUCGUUUGUAGAGGGUGGGGGGUGAAUGCAAAGUGAAGAACGAUGUUGUGGUUUUUAACUUGUUUUAUUUUUAAAAUUUAUAUCCUGACCUUCCUCCCAAAGGAGCUCAGGGUGGGAAAAUGGUGUGGGAAGUAGUUCCAGAUGCACUUGAGCAGAAAGUCCCACUCUGUCUUUCCUUUCUGUCCUUCUGCAGCUAGUCUAGAAUUCAUAUCUGUAAUGGAGAAAAGGCAACAGUUACUUUGCAGCAAAACCUAUGGGCAGAUGGUGCAUUAUAUGUGAAAGAUAUUUCCAUGCCUUGUUCUACAGUAGCAAUCUAUUAUCGAUCACAAUUCCUGUGAUCUGCCAGAGGCUUCUCUUUGAAGGUGUUCUUAGUGCAUUAAGUGAGAGGAGCAAGGCACAUAAUGUUUCUAGUGGCUGUUCUCUAGCUAUGAAAUAUCCCCUCCUUAAAGUUUGUCAAAGUCCAGAAGCAAUGUUAAACUUCUUUUAUUUAAGAGAUACUUAUUGGGAUAGUUUAGCUCCAUAUUUUAAUCUGUAUUUUUUUUGUACAGUGGUACCUCUGGUUACAAACUUAAUUCAUUCCGGAGGUCCGUUCUUAACCUGAAACUGUUCUUAACCUGAGGUACCACUUUAACUAAUGGGGCCUCCUGCUGACGCCGUGCCGCUGACAUGCAAUUUCUGGUCUCAUCCUGGACCAAAGUUCUUAAUCUGAGGUACUGCUUCUGGGUUAGUGGAGUCUGUAACCUGAAGUGUUUGUAACCUGAGGUGUUUGUAACCCAAGGUACCACUGUAGUCAUAUACAAUCCAGAUUACAGUGAUGUGCUCUAUGUGUGCCUUGCUCUGCAGAGCCUGGAGACUCUUCACGGGGUGCAAAACUACUUUGGAUUCAUUUGCACUUCUUUCCAGUUGGUUUCUGCAUGCAAUGCAAAGCCCCAGUCCUAACCUACAAAGACUUAAAUGGUUUGGGGGCAGGAUAUUUGAAGGGCUGCCUUGUCCCAUGUAAUGCUGUCUGUCGACUGUGCUCCGUACUGGAGGCCUUGUGUCUCAUCAGUUUCAGAAGCAUAAAAGACAGCCAAGCAUUGCCUUUUUUUUUGUUGCAGCAUCUGCAUUGUGGGCCUCCUCUCCCUACAGAGGAAAUUCAGUUGGCUUCCUCUCUCUUAUGCUUUAGGUGCCUUCCUAAGACUUAAAAAAAAAAGCAAAUCAAGCUUUUAAUGUGGCUUAGAGCUUUGUCUCCCUGUUUCAGCGCUGAAUUGUUUUCUAUUUCUCUUGGUUUUAUUGUAUGGAACUGAUUUUAUUCAUUUUGAACUGCUGUUUUUUGUGAGAUGAUUUGAGCUUGUUUUAUAAAUAAAAGCCAGGUAUGUAUAUUUUUAAUAAAUAAAGGAGAUGUAUCCAGAUACAAAACAUAAUAACAGCAACAAACCCAGGGCACAACUCAUGCUUGUUCAAUUCACUGAUGGCCUUUUCAUUGGGUUGUAUCCAAUGGUCCUCUUCUAGUUACGGAAGGGCUUUUGCAUCCAUGAACAGAAAGCAAGGGAGGCAAUUUUCACCACUUAUCUCUUCAUCCUGCAGCUCCCAGUUCCCUUAAAUUCUGUUCUGGAGGAUUUGGGAAUCUCUAGCCAGUGUAAAAAGUAUUGCAGGGUGCAGCAGGGGAAGAGGUAAUAGGUGAAAAUUGUCUAUCCCAGUUAAGUUGUGGGUGAACAUAUCAGACGACACAGCGAUUCUUCAAACAGCUCUUGUUUAUUCACAGGCCUGAACUGAACUGAAGGGUUCAGCCAGCCUGCUUAUAUAGAGCUCCACUACAACACAACUGUAACAACUUUCUGUAACUAUCCAAUCACUGAACGUCACUUUCAAUCCCUUAUUUGCAUAUGUGGACCUGAGUGAAAACUAUCUACAGUAUCCCCCUGCUGGCCCAGGGUAAGAACAUCAGUACAUAGCAAUCCCCAUUCCAUUAUUAGGCUUCACUUUCAGGAAUUGAAAGACCCCUUCUACUCCAAUAGAUACAACCCAUUAAUUUUUAUGUAGCUGAAUUUUUCUGAAGGAACUCUGUGAUACUGCAAAACUACUUCAUUUUUUGAAGAAUUUCAGAACUGCAGGUGGUGUUUUGGCUUCGUAUUUUUUAUAAUAAAUUAUGUCUGAAAAAGCUUGUUGAUUGCGUAAAUGUGUAAGUGAGGCAAACAUGAGGGAAAGCAGCUGUAUUCUAGUAGGGCAAGAAGUUAUUGCUUGAGCUGUAUGUUAACCUUGGUCAACUUCAGAAAUCCCUGGGAGGAUAUCGGUGAAAGUGACUACAAAACUUUGGUGUAAUGCAGUCCUUACAGGUUCUGGUACUGGUCUAAGUCAUGAGCAAUGCUUUUAAAUAAUUUUGCAUUUUACAUUUAAUGGAAUUUUACAACUCUCCCACCCUGCCCUAUGUGCGGAUACACAGAAUUUGUGUUGCGUAUUCAUUUUUACCUGACGCAAAAUACUGCUUUUGUGUAGUAGCAAUGCACUCUGAACUAUAAUGAAACAAUUUUCACUGUCCUCCCAGUUAACAUAAAUCUAGUGACUUUUGGUUAAAGUAAGUACAGUUCUAGAUCUACCCAAGGGCAUUAAACAACAACAAACCUCUUUCAUGUAUCUGGAAAUGAGAGAAAAUUAAAAACACAGAAAUAUCUUAACAACCUGAUUAUCCCAGUGUAUUAUACAUUUUCCAGGAAGAAAUCCAAGAUGUAUGAGGGGGGUGGGGGUGUCCUUUCAGGCUUUAUGUUUUAUUUAUGAUUUGAAGCUUAUUUCAGCCACAAAGCACUUCAAAUGUGGCAAGAAAAAAAUCUACUGGCCAAAAUUUUGAUACUACUGAUCUCAGUUUCAAAAUAAUAAACAAGGUUGAACUGAGAGAUGGGAUUUGAGUUCUAACUUCAUUCUUAAGCUUCAGAAAAUAGAGCUAAGCAGCUGGCAGAAAAGUAGGGUGCAAUUAAGCAGGGAAAUGUCAUUCUUUUAUGUUGGGCAUCUGAACCACAAAAAAAUCUUGAGUGCGGUUUUUAUCUCUAUGGCCACGUUUAUAUGUACAUUUCUCUGUUUGGUGUUCAUCUGCUUGACACCAACCAAGCAUAAGCUUCUCCAUCACAGGAGCAUGUGGUUUUAAGCCUUUGUUGCUUUUUUGGUGAACCGAGGCAAUAUCUCUUCUGAACUCAGCCAGCAAGGUUAGCCACAAUUAUUGUAAUGACUUCUAAUUGAUCUCUCUGAGCCUUUCCCCUUUUAAAUACAUUGUCUUUCAUCUACAGACCCAUUCUGAGGAGAGACCAUUUCAAUGUGAGGAAUGCAAAGCACUGUUCCGAACGCCAUUCUCUCUGCAGAGACACCUUCUAAUACAUAACAGUAAGUGCUAAUAUAGAAGAUCAAGAAGUUCCCACAUAUCACUGCUGUCUUGUAAUCUGUGAAAGUAAGUGCACUGUUAGUUUAGAAGACUGUCUGGUGUAGGUUAGUAUCAGAGUCUUUUCACUAAAUGCACAUGGGGGGGGGAUGGAGAGGGAGAUUUAGAAUUUAAAACUCUAACCAUGACUAGUAAAGUGGCAUGUAGUUUAUCAAUAAACUAGUGAUGCAUUGUAUCUUUGGCAGGGAACGGAGUCUUUGUCUGUUUGAUUCAAUAGAAAAAUGAUCUUUAAUAUACCAUUAGGCUGAGAGCUACAGAAAGACAAAUGUGUUUAUUAUUUAACAAACAUCCCUGGGUGGGGAGUCCUUCCGUCAAUGUGGGCAAUACAAAUGAGUUCUUCAGAAGAUAUAAUCCUGGUUCAAUGCUCAAAAUUGACGUGCCUGUUUCCAUCUACUCCUUACCCAGGAAUAGCCAAAUUUGUACAGCACACUUUGUCUCUCUUGUAUAAAACUCCAGUGGUGAGUAUCCUUCCCCUCCUGACCUUACCGCUUAGUACCAUUCACCAGUAAAUCCUGCCCAUUUUGUAAUGAGCUUCCCUUUUUUCAAGAUAUGUCAUUGGCAGGCAAUGGUCGGUAAACUCCUAAUGACCAUAAUUCAUGUGGUGAAUGGUGGUAAAUGAUACACAUGCAGCCUAGGACAUUCACCCAAGGAAUGUGGAUCUCUACAGAGAGUGUGAUGUAUGUUCCAAUUCAGUCCUUUGUGCUGCCUGUGAUUAGCAUAGGGAAGGGGCAUAGGUUAGAUGGUUCGAUCCCUGGAAUCUCCAGGUAGGGCAAGAAAAGCUGCUGUCUGAAACCCCAGAGAGCUGGUGCCAGUCAGAGUGGAAAAUACUGAACUAGAUGGACAAAUGGUAUGGCUUGGGAUAAGGCAGUUUCCUGUGUUCCUAUGUUAGCACACAUGAAGGGGAAUAUAAUUGUAUUCGUGGAUAUUUGAGGGUGAUAUAGAAGGUGAAGUCAUUGCAGAAGAAUUAAAGUCCUUAUGCAGAAAUUUACCUCAUGAUUCAAAUAUCAUCUGUGUCCUGAACUUAGUUGCCUUAGUCAGCUCCUCAAGAAUGGUAGCCUCAGAUGAUCUGCCUUAAAGAAUUGCAGGAAGGAUUACAACCUGAUACAUAAAGCAUUGUGAACACAUUAAAAGCAUUAUAUAAAUGCUAAGUAUUAUUGUAACCUGAUACAUUUUUAAUGUGAUGUUGCUCUCCACAUGCCUGUGUUACAAGGCAAGUUUUAGCCAAUAAUAAUAAUAAUUCAUACCCUGCCCAUCUGGCUGGGUUUCCCCAGCCACUCGGGGAGGCUUACAGCAUAUAUAAAAACAGCUAGAGUACUGCAGUAUCCCAUGUGAAUUUGGGGGUCUGUUCAACAAACAAAAACAUUUCAGUACCAUUCCCCACUGCCAGUGGCGUAGCGUGGGUUGUCAGCACCCGGGGCAAGGCAAGUAAUUUGCGCCCCCUAACCCUGAGUGAGCCAGGUAGGGGCAGAGAGCUGCGAGUGCGAGCGCCCCCCCCCAGAUGUUGCGCCCGGUGUGGCUGCCCCCCUGCCCCCCCACGCUACGCCACUGCCCACUGCUACUUUGAAGCAAUUCAAAUGAAAUUAAAAGUUGUGGCUGUGAAAGUCAAAGAAUUCCCUAUAGACUUCAAAAUCUGUUUCUCCACCUUGAAAUUCAUUAGGCAUUUUUUAAAUUUCCUUAAUGCCUGAUCAUCUUGAUCAUUGUUCCUCUGGUGCCCAAGCAUGCGAGUUGAGAUUUUGUUUGUGUAUCUUUUGUAUGACUCAUAGAAGACCUGAGAUUCUUAGAUAAUCCUUUGAGACUCAAAGGUGACAUGUACAGAAAUGAAGAAAAUGUGCCAUGUUUGUACAGCAUAAUUGUGCUUGUAACAAGUUUCUGAAGGUAUUGAAUGAUUCUCUUGUUUACUAGGCUGACCAUGUAUAGAUUAAGCAAAAUCCUGUGAAAUGCCAAACACUACCCCGGUCCAGUAUUGUGCUGAAACAGUUAAUUUUUCCUUCACUUCAAAAUUGUAUAGCCUUCGUAUCUCUAUAAAAAAAAUUAAAUGUCUAAUGCCCAAGUGUCAAUAAAACAAAACCAACACAAUACUAUGUAAUACAAUAAACUGAACUGUAGAAAACACAACUUGAAAAAAGAGACAAUGCACGUAUUUUUGUAAACUAAGAAAUCUUUAAUAACAAUAUAUUUUUUUAAAUACCAUGCAAUACAAUAAAAUUAGUAUAUCUGCUUGCAUUUUAUGUUUUGUUGUAUUCACAAUAGUAUUGGCUGUCUGCAGCUUGCAUUAGUUUUUGUGAGUUUACAUUUUUCAGUGGUUUCAGAAUGGUCAGGCAGGGCCAAAUAUAUAAAUAGUGAUGACCAACAUUUCCUAUCUACGUUUUUAGCUGUUUCUAUUUUAGCUGUAAGCCGCCUUAACUUUUUCAUUGCUGAGAAAUGUGCAAAUUCAUCUUCACUUGAGUAAUUUGUAGAAUAGGAAAAUACCUCCAAGAUACACCUGGAACGCACACUGAGUGUAGAUUUCUAAAAUGGAUGCCUGAAAAAUGUGCUUUCUUGGACAUCUUUCAAGGAACUGUAGCAGGAGGAUUAUACAGUCGUAACUUGGUUCUCGAAUGGAAUCCAUUCAGGAAGUCUGUUUGACUUCCAAAAACAUUCAAAAACCAAGGUGCAACUUCUGAUUGGCUGCAGGAGCUUCCUGCACUCAAGCUGCGGAAGACACAUUGGACAUUGGGAUUCCAAAAAAAGUUCAUAAACCGAAACACUCACUUCUGGGUUUGUGAUGCUUGGGAGCCAAAACGUUUAGUCACAAGGUGUUCAAAUACCAAGCUAUGACUGUAUGCCACAUGAAGUUAGGAUACUUUUAAAAACAGUAGUUUUAUAAGCACCCCUUAGUAUGAUAGUGGAAGUUAAGCUAAGUCUACUACUAACAUAGCUUUAUUCCUUUUCUCCCUCUGCAAGGUGAAAGAACUUUUAAGUGUGAUCACUGUGAUGCAACCUUCAAAAGGAAGGACACAUUGAACGUUCACAUACAAGUAGUUCAUGAUGGCCAUAAGAAAUACAAAUGUGAUUUGUGUGACAAAGCCUUUGUGACACCGUCUGUGCUUAAGAGUCAUAAAAAAGUAAGUAUAACCCGUAGCUUGUAAAAACUGAGGUCAUUGUAAAUUCAUUCAGUGUGUACUAUGCUUACCUUUGAAUAUACAGAUAAUGGAAUUUAUUUUAAGGUAAAUAUUUUCAGCUGCGGAUUGUCCAUACCAACAGAGUAAUAAAUACUUAUGAAAAGUGAUAGCAUAUGCAAAUAUUAGAAUUAAGGUAGCUGUAAACACAGUUUUCAAGAGCAAGCAAUGAAGACCUCCAAGCUUAUUGGUGUGGUCCAAUCUUAUUUAUGAAUCAGUGGAGCUGUUUUAAGACUCCCCAACAAUCUUUAUUCCUUUGACUGCGACUUACUACAUUUUUUUCUCAUAUCUCACUCUCAUUCCUUAUUCUGAUAACAAUAGGAUUGUUCAUUAGUUUCAGAGAGAAAUCUAUGCAAGAACUUGUAUUAUUUUAAUUGAUUGGUUUGGGAAACAUUGCAAAUGUGGAUGUAGACAAAUACCCAGAAGGGUAUGAAAGCCUGGAAUAAAUCAUUCUUUCAACAUUUCUUCUUCCAUUGGCUUUGUAUACCUGCUGACAGCUAUUGAAAAAGCCCAAUGACUCAAAGUACAUAGCUUCCUGGGGGAAAAUGCUAAACUCUUCCCUUCUUUGUUAAGCAAUUGCACGUUGUAUGCCCUCUCAGGGCCAAGGCUGUGGUCUUGAGUUUGAAGUAUUGACGGGUUUGUAUUUGUCUUCACUUUGAUUUCAUUAUUGUUUUGUGCUGUUGCAUUUGAUAAGAUGAGCUAUGUCAACACUCUCUCCACCUCACUCUGUAAGUCCUGACUUUCGAUGAACAGAGUAAAUAUUGACAUUGUUUAUCCACUAGGGAUGCAGGAGUUAGUGGCAGGAUUUAUUACGAUUAAAAGAAGUCUCUAGAAGGUCAUAUCCUCUGUCACCUUACCUAACUGGCAGGUAGACUUAUGGUUUUGAUUAAACUCUUAACAGUUUUGUAAUGGAAAAAAGUCAACUAUAUUGAUUUUUAAAAUAAAAUAAAAUCCUGAACUAGUAGGCAGAAGCCUAAACCUUCGUUUAGAGGAUAUUUUUUCUUACAGUUGUAUCCAUGGAGAGAUCAGGAAUAUAUGUAGAGUUUUUGCCCUCUCAUUCUUCUUAAUUGGUUCUUACUGUGGAAAGAACUGGAAGUGACUGAAGUGGAAAAUCCUGCAUUUGAACAAAUGCAGUCUGCCUGAACUUUGCAAGACAGCACCCAUUUGAGUGGCCAGAAGCACCCAGUGUCUGCACUGUGAUGUCCUUGGCUUUGAUUUUUAUUUAUUAGAGCUUUUCUAAUCAGCCCUUCAGACUCUUUCCAAAUAAAAAGGUGCCAAAUCUAGUUUGUGGGGCACGAGUGUUCCAUAAUCGUGAGUGCAGUCACUGAGAAGGCCUUUGCUCUUGUUCCAGACAGCUGAGUUUCCACCCUAGGUGGUGAUGUCCUUCUGAUCUAUAGGAGUGGGCAGGGUAGUAAGGGAGGAGGCAAUUCAUUCAGUAUACUGGACCUAAGCUGUUUUAAAGGGAAUCCUGAGAGUGUGGUAUUGCUCUCCCCUCACAGUUGUCACCCUACAGUGGUGGCCUCUUUUACUUCUCACCACUUUAUUUCACUGGCAGUGGCUGUUGGAGUCUUAAAUAUAUAACUGAGUUGGUAGAACAUGAGACUCGUAAUCUCAGGGUCAUUGGUUCAUGCCUCACAUUGGGCAAAAAGAUUCCUGAAUUGCAGAGGGUUGGAUUAGAUGCCCCUCACAGUCCCUUCCAACUAUACAAUUCUAUGAUUCUAUGGUGUCACCUGGGCAAGCUAUAUUUUGGUGUCAUCAAAAAACCUUAAGUUUCCUAUUUAAAUCAAUCAACUUAAAUGUCCUUGCCAUAAUUAUUCCCAUUGUAUUUUACUGUGGCUAGGUCCAGCAUUCCAUCUCAUAUUCACUAAAAUUCCAAAAUGUUCUUUUAAACAAGAUUGCUGGAUUAAGUCCCUUUGCAAUGAACAUAAACUACAGUCAAAGUUGUGUAAAAAAUGUACUUUCUCAUUGCUAUCUAGUCACAAUGAAUCUUUCAAGUAGUCAUCUUUCUCACAAUAGUUUUUAUAAUGCUCAAAAUCUUCUUUUCCAGCUAUAGUAAAAGUGUUUGUGGGCCAAAAUCUCUUUAACAAUUUUAUUGAACAAUAGCAUUAGUAGAACUGGACACAAACAGAAGUUUUAAGUGAACUUAAGGUUAUCAUUAAGAAAUCAAGCCAGUGUUUGCUAUAAAAACUGUAGUGCAAAUAUGGAAGUAACAAGGACCUUUUUCUUCAGCCGCAAGCAGUUUCAAGAACCAAUAAAGAUUAAUUGAAUUUUUAUGAGCCAAACCAUUUGAGAAAUAAAAAACAAAUUUGGCCUGUAGUUAAGUUAGAUAACCUGGUUUGUUUUGCAAUGAGUAGCAGUAUUCAUUCAGGCAUUUUGUGGUGUUGUCCUAAAGAGUAAUUGUAAUCUUAAAGUGUAACCAUUAUUAAACUCUUAAAACCUGAGUUUGAUAUUAUAGUGUGAUAUGUAAUGGAAGCUGAAGAAAUUAGACUCUUGGAGCAAUAAGAAUAAUAAACAUUAUUAAUUUAUGUUUUCUUUCGCAGCUAAGUUAACUCUUUCUCUUUUCCCUCCUUCCCCCUUCUUCCUGGUAGACUCACACGGGCGAAAAGGAGAAAAUCUGUCCGUACUGUGGACAGAAGUUUGCAAGCAAUGGAACACUGAGAGUACAUAUUCGAAGUCAUACAGGUACAACAUUACUUUGUAAGAAAUGAAUAACAUUUCCUAGGCACUUGAAUUGCACCAUUUCAUAGUGUAGAUUUGCCUAUUUGUAUUGAAGGGCAGUUUCCAUAACUCCCCUGUAAAGAUCACUGGUGCCGAAAUUUGGAAUUAGUUGCUUUAAAAAUGAAAUCUAAUAGGAUAAUCAUUAUAGAGAACCCUAACUUCUACUUACCAUACUUUAAUAUUUUCACAAUACAGUUUGCAGUGCAUGUGCUCCUGGAAUUUUACUUUAACCCUUUAGUUACUCUUUGCCAAAGGAACCAAUCAGUUUAAACGUUCACAUUUGAAACCAUGCAAACACCAACCAUGCUUUAAGAAACAUCUAUGUAGUUUAUGCCCUUGUUCAACAUAUCUUUCUCACUCAUGGUUAGGUGCUCAUUUCUGAUUUAGCUAGUUGACUUUUGGCCCCUGUUUCUCUUGAAUGUCAGGCAAAAGCUUUUUUUUCUGCGUAAAAAUUCUUCGCAAGCAACAGCUACACGAUCCCUUCUGUUUUAGACCUGCAUUAUGCACGCUGCCGCCGCCUGUCCUUCUGCUUGUGUUGCAGCCUGCAGUGGCUGUAUGUCAUUCAGCUGUAGUAAGCAAGGUACAUGUUGUGAUGCAUGACACUGUGACACGUGUGGUUGGAAAACACACCAUAUUACACAUACUGAUGCACAUUGAUGUUGCACUAACAUUCAGAGAUACUUUAAAAUCUCAAAAUUCUGGAGAAUUACUGUCCUAGUCUGUGCUGCUGCUGCUGCUGCUGCUGCUGCUGCUACUGUUAUUAUGUGGCUCCAAACAGAACUGAUGAUGAUGAUCAUGAUGAUGAUAAAGCGAUAAAACAUCAGACUUUAAAAACUUCCCUGUCUAAAAGUCAGACAGUUGUUUAUUUCCUUGACAUCUGAUGGGAAGGCAUUCCACAGGGUGGGCGCCACUACCGAGAAGGCCCUCUGCCUGGUUGAAUUUGUAACUCUUCAAGGAAAUGAUGAAUUACUGAGUGGACCUCCAAUGUAGCUAAAAGUUGGAAAAUUCGUGGCAUACAAAAGAAUGUAUUUGCUUAACAACUGUUAUAUACUGCUUGAUUCUUACAAUACUUCUAAGUGGUUUACAAGAAAUAUUAAAAUGAUCAGUAAAAAUAGUUCCUCAAGGUUAUUAUUAUUAUUAUUAUUAUUAUUUACUUGCCCUUCCUCCUACGGUCCCAGGGUGGGUUACAACAAUUAAAAUACAACAUCAAAAUAAAGUAUUGUAAAAAAAACCUUACAGUCACAAAAAAUAACAUGAGGGAUAAAAACUUUUAUCUGUCCACUUUCUCCAUACUGUGCAUCAUUUUAUACAGGCCUCCUCUUAUUCGUCUUUUCUCUAAACUAAAAAGCCCCAAUUGUUGUAACUUUUUCUCAUAAGGGAGUUGCUGCAUACCCUUGAACAUUUUGGUUGUCCUUUUCUGAUCUUUCUCCAACUCCACAAUAUCCUUUCGUGAGGUGAGGUGACCACAUCUGUAUAUAGUAUUCCAAAUGUGAUUGCACCAUAGAUUUGUAUGGUGGCAUUUUGAUAAUUUGCAGUUUGCCUUUCAGCUCCCUUCCUAAUGAUCCCUAACAUGAAAUUUGCCUUUUUCACUGCUGCCACACACUGGUCCCAGCUCCAGUUCCCUACUUGUAGAUUUUGCUGGCCAUCCCUCAGUGCCAUCAUGUUCUUACAACUGGCUGUACGUGUCUCUGUCACCUAAUAUGAAGUAGUUCUACUUAUCUAUAGAUCUGACAGUACAUCGAAGACACAAAUUUUGAAAACAAAGUGGAUGCCCUAGAGCAUUCUGUUUACCACAGACUACGUAUUCGAGUAAUUGGCAAGCUGCUGAGUGUUUUUGUGAUGUUUGGUUUCCAACUUAAAAGGGUGAGGAUUGGUGUUUGACAUGCAAAGCGCUUGUUAACAAAUAGUCUUCUUAUGACAUUCUGUUCGGUUUUGCAUAAACAAAUUUGGCUUGCAGGAAGAUGACAGAACAUGUGCACUUAAUCACUUGGCUUCCUAAUAUGUUUGAUAAGUCUUAAUCACUUCCAUCUCUCACGGCCACCUGUUAAGAUUAAAGCUGUUUACUUGUUUGGUCCUGUUUGUAAUUCUGACUGUAACCAGGACUGAAUACUGAUUAUUCCAAUGAAAAUUUAGAUUGUGUAGCUGAAACAGAAUCUACUUCUUGGAAAGGGCUGAAAUUGUAGUUCCUAACUGGAGGGUAAGGACUCAGCAGAUGGUCACAGAAUCCUUGUUUGCUGGUCACUGUGAUGCAGGCGAAUAAUUCUGGGACAAAAGUUUUGGAAGAGGAUAUUAUCUGACCCUCUGUAUGUAGCUGCACAUUAACACAUUUGCGGUAUAGGAAGCUAGUAACAUUGUACUAUAUGGUGGACCCCGGUAUGAUCCGUCAGGGCAGUAGCAUAUUCGUAUUUCUUAAUACCUAAUUUAGACCUUAAAAAAUGCCAUGACUGAUGUAGGAUUAAGUUUCAUAUCUCCAGAAUAAAGUGCAGCGAAUUAUUUGUUGACAGUCCCAAGACUUGAGCAUUGCACCAAACAUUUGGGUGUUGUGCUUUAAUCUUGUCCUCCUGUUGUAACCUUUUCUACUUGUGUGCAGUGAGGGAUGGGGCAGAGCAGUGUUUCUCACCUGCUUUCCCAGAGCCAAACAUUGCUGCCAAUUAUUGAGAGGGGGGAGGGUUCAGUUGUGGGAAGCUCAAAGUGGGCACAGCAGUGGAGCCAAUCUGAUGUUCCUCUCCUCUUGAUGAUGCUUUGUGGUAGGAAGCCGGCUAGCAAUGCUUUGCAGUCUGCACCAUCCUGUCAACAACUGGGUGUCUGCCUGUGCAACAUUUACAGUAUAACCCUUGAAAGCUGUCACCAUAAAGAAAUUUAAGAAAAUUUGAUCUUGGAGGACAAUAGACAAGCAAAUUCUGCCCAUCCAUAUUGGGGGACAGACACUAGAUCUGAGUGUGAUUGGGAAAUGUCCAUAACAUAGCCCCGAGAAUUCAUGGUCAUUUGUCAGCAUGUACUGGUCUAGUAAAUCUUGUUACUAAUGACAACCAUGUUCUUCUCAGAGAUUAGCACACACUCUUUGCAAGGCAGGAAAACUAAGCAUGUUCACAUUUUCCUCAACCUCUAUUAUUUGAUGUGUGGUUAGAUGGCAGUCCACAAGUAUCUCUGUUUCUCCCAUCCUCCUCCACCAUUUCACUUGGAAUUCUAAUUUGUCUACAGUUUCGGUUCUCUGGAAGGCUCUUCCUUGCUCGAUGUGCAGCAAUGUGAUCUGCUUAUACGUUUAGCUUUUGUAGUGGUUCUGGGGGUUGCUUGUGCGUAAGCCGGUGCAAACACCUGGCUGGGUUGCCUGAGUGAACCUUUUCUGUCCGGACAGCCACUCACCUGUCAGUGGGCGUUUCUUAAACUUCUUCCAGCAAAGAAGCUCUUUGACGCCUAGUCUCCUCCUACUCUCCCUGCACGAAAGCCUUCUGCGCAAGGAGGGCGUAGGCAGCGGAGGAGCUCUACUCUCCCCGCUGGUCCCCGGCAAGGAGUCAUGGGACCGCCUCGCCGCUUCCCCCAUCUGCCCCCCUUCUCCGCUGGUGCUACGCUGAUUCUCUUCCCCAGAAGAUGGGCUGCCUCUCUCAAUCCCGGGACGCUCUCCGGAAUCCCUCUGGAUUUUGCUCUCUCCCUCCGGCACUGAUGGCAGUUCCCUGACAGCUUUUUAUUAAACUUUCAGGUUUGAAAGGAAAUCUGUGAUUGACCACUGUGCAAAAAGAAUGCUGGACUGUGAGGGCCUUUGGUCUGAUCAACAGGCUUGGUCCUACACUCUUGGUCGUUGCUAAAGGGGCAAGCCUUGUGCAAGGACAUAAAAUCUAGUAGAAGCUUUUAGAAAAUGUAUUCUGUUUAUAUUCAGAAUAAAGGUAGACGAUUGCAUGUUUGCAUGCUUAUCACAGAAUCUGCACACAUAAAAUUGAAACAUUAGGGAGAAGGUUUGGUUAGGAUCCUUUACUCUGGCACUGUAAUUUUCCGUGGGCAGAGCAUUUUUUACAUUAGGGAAUUCACAUAGAAUACAUCUCUCACUGCACCAUGACUUUUGCAAACAUAUCCUGAUGAGAUCCAUAUGCAGCUGAGGCUGCAAUCCUAUGCUUGUUUACCAGAGAGUAAGCUCCACUGAACACACUUGAACUUAAUUCUCAGUAAACAUAUGAAGGAUUAAGUUGUGGUUUUGCAAAAGGGGCUAACAUCCAUUUUGUCCCCAGGCCACCACACAGCUAUCUUCAGGUUUGCUCAUUAUAGAGUGGUUUAGAGUUUGGAUUUGGAUUUGGUUUGGCCCAGUAUUAAUUUGCAGAGUAGGAGAAGGCUGUGACCUUAAAGCAGACAUACACAACGUGUGACCCAUUAAGCCAAACGGAUCCCUCCAUCCACAUAUGUCAACCCAACUGCAGCUCAGUUAAAUGUAUUUUUUUCCUUGGGAUUGCAAAAAUGAGGGCUGUCAAGCCCACAGCAGGACAGAGGUGGCAUAUUGUGUUCCACUUCAUGGGUCCCAACUAAAGCAGGCCUGGCUUAAAGGAACACAUCAGUAAACUAAUUGCCAUCGAAAUGGUUGCAGAACAUUACAUUCUGUAUCCCCUCUCUUUGUUACCGUGAACAGCAGAUUGGCUUCCUAGAUAUUGUAACUGUUCCUUAGGAUUCCUGUCAAAGGCAUAACUCCAAUGAACCGGCCUAAAUGUUUCAGCAUGUGGCAAAUGGCCUGAAUCUUUCAGCAGUGGAGCUAGAGAACCAGGCAGAGGGCCUUCUUGGUAGUGGUGCCCUCCCUUCAGAUGUCAAGGAAAUAAACAACUAUCUUACUUUUGGAAGACAUCUGAAGGCAGCCCUGUUUAGGAAAGUUUUCAAUGUUUGAUGUUUUAUUAUGUUUCAAUAUAUGCUGUGAGCCACCCAGAGUGGCUGGGGAAACCCAGCCAGACGGGCGGAGUAUAAAUAAAAUUGUUAUUAUUAUUAUUGGAGUAAUAACCAUGUCUUGAGACGCGGGUGGCGCUGUGGGUUAAACUACAGAGCCUAGGACUUGCCAGUCAGAAGAUCGGCAGUUCUAAUCCCCGUGACGGGGUGAGCUCCCGUUGCUCGGUCCCUGCUCCUGCCAACCUAGCAGUUCAAAAGCACAUCAAAGUACAAGUAGAUAAAUAGGUACCGCUCCAGUGGGAAGGUAAACGGCGUUUCCGUGCGCUGCUCUGGUUCGCCAGAAGCGGCUUAGUCAUGCUGGCCACAUGACCCGGAAGCUGUACGCCGGCUCCCUCGGCCAGUAAAGCGAGAUGAGCGCCGCAACCCCAGAGUCGGUCACGACUGGACCUAAUGGUCAGGGGUCCCUUUACCUUUAAUAACCAUUGUCAGGGGUUCAGGAGCAGAGGCAAGGGCAAGGGAGGAAACAGAGAGCGAGGGGGAGGAGGCAGAAGAAAAGAUGAGUGAUGACGACAACCCGAGAUCUCCGAGUCUUUCCAGUGAAUCAGAAGAUUCACAGAAAGGAGCACCAGUGGCCAGGGCAAGGGGGGAGCCUAGGGGACGCCCCAGGAAGAUAGAGCCAGAGGGGACUCAGAGGGAGCAGUUGGAAAUCGGGACCAGCGUCACCGCCAGAGAGCAGGGAAGAGGAAGGAGCCAGGGAUCAAGCGCUGGCAACUCACAACAGGGGGGAGGGCACGAGUCAGGAGUGGCCACACCUCCAUCGGGGAGCGAAGAAACGGUCAGACGGAAGGUGGAAGGUUGGGCGCGCGCCAAGUUCAAAUGCACAGGAAGGUGGCACAGUAGGCAGCCCGGAAAGGGAGCCAGGUCCUAAAGCCCGCCGAAAGGAGGGAGAAGAGUCAGGGGGGUCAGCGUCAGAGGAAUCCCGGAAAGAAGAGACCCCAGGGGGCAGAGGGACCCAGAGAAGAACAGUCAGGCGGAAAAGGUGGAGCAGGGCUAGGAUAUUAAGUUGGUGUACAAGGGGCGGAGACUCAGACGGAGCUUCGCCGGUCUAACCAUGAGACGUAGAGUUGCACGCAGCAGUUUGAGAAUGGAAACUGUAACUCAAUAAAGACUUUUGUUUAGUGAUCGCUGGCUAGCGUGAUCCUCUGUGAGCUAGGAUCUGGAAGCAGCUCUGACAACCAUGAACAGUGAUGCACUGAGAUAUAAGAGCAUAGAUAUAAGGGAGGACAAGGUCAUGGAUAGCUUUGAAGAGGCUUGAGCUGGAUUCAGCAGUAGAAAUGAAGUAGCACUGAUGUAUUAGGAAGACCUUAAUUCAUAUAUUUCCAAACAAUCCUUAUGUUUAAUGUGCUUUAGUAAGGAAAGCGAAAUUUAAUAUUUUAUUAUUUCUAGCAUAGGUCUUUUUUACAAGAGGGGGUUCCUAUAAGCAGUUACUCCCCAACACACUUUAAUCUUAGAGUUGUUUGCACAAUUCAGGGUCUAUCCCAGAGGCAAGUUAAUUGAGUUCAAAGUGAAGAAAGCAACCCCCCAAAAAGAACCCUUGACUCACCUUUCUGAUAAGUAGUUGUGUAAACAAUAACAGAGUUGUUAUCCUGGUUAGGUAGAGAUUGUUUCUCAUAGAGAAACAAAGUGAAUUGUGAAUGACCCAAGAUAAUCUGCAAGGGGUUAUGACCGAAGAAGUCUGAAAUCUCCUGUUUUUCUGAUGAACAAACUUGAGAUUGGACUCUUCAAAACUCAGCUACCUUUGCUACCUUAGAUAUGUACUUUGCAUAUUGGCUAAUUAACCUCCUUACAGUAUAUACUGGUAUCUUGCACUGAUAAUUAUGAUUAUUAUUUAUAAAUUCAAUUUAAAUACCAGUCUUCACCAAAAAAUCCCAGAGUGCUUUACCCAAUAAAAACAAAGGAAAACAUCAAACAUAGGAAAAUAUCAAAUUAACAACUAUGUUUAAAUUCCACUGAUACAAUCAGCAUACUGGGGCAGCACUGGACAAAGCAAUUAAGUAGCAGCACUGCAAAUAGCCAUGCUAAUUCACUAACCUUGCCCAAAGACUUGUGUCAGCAGAUGUAUCAUAAGCUGACAUGCGUAUGUGAGUGUGGCAUCCUUAUCUCCAUAGUGAACAAGUUCCACAGACAAGGGGGUCACCACCAAGAAGGUCCUAUCUUACAAGAAAUGUUUGCAGAAGGAACCAUGAGAUGGGCUUCCCCUGUGGACUGCAGGGCAGAUAAGGGGAGAGGUUCUCCGUCAAGUAUUUGGGCCCUUAGAGCUAAUGUGUUCAAUGGAGCCCAGUAGUAAAUAGUCAGCCAGUGAAGUUCACAUAGCAUUGGUAUGUUAUUUCUUGCCUUAUCACUCACAAUACAUGUGACUGUAGUCUGCAGCAGAUUCCUGACUGUCCUGAAUUGUAUAAUAAGGGAUGGAAAGGCCAGUCCCCAAGACUUUUGGAAAGCUAACACCUGUCAGAAUAGGCAACACUGUGGUAAAUUUCCUUCCCAUCCUGAAUCGUUAUUGACUUUACCAAAAUUUUAAAAGGAGUAAAAUUAUCCUACUGAAAUAAAAACGUGUUUUAUAUUUCUGACACCGACCCCAGGAGAAGAGAUGCAACAUUGCCAUUGGGGACUCAGGUGGUCUCAGUGCCUAGGAGUGCCAAUUUCCUUCACUGGCUGGUUUGGCCUCUUUUGAGCAGAGAUGUCUUAGCAACUCUAGUAACUCACAGACUAGAUUACAGUGGUGCCUCGCAAGACAAAAUUAAUUUGUUCCGCGAAUUUUUUCAUCUAGCGAAUUUUUCGUCUUGCGAAGCACGAAAUCCCAUAGGAAUGCAUUGAAAAUCAAUUAAUGCAUUCCUAUGGUCAAAAAAAGUCCAAACAAAGCCAAAUUUGGUACAACAAGAGUUUAUUAAGUGCUCUUUAAAGUCACACAUACUAUAAAGAGCAUUUCAAAAUUCAAACCCAGAAUUUUUUUUAAAAAACAGCAGAGUGGCCCAAUGGUCACAGAAAAUCAUAAAAAUGCAGGAAAAAAACACACAAGCUUCCAGAUUCUUGCAAACCCCUCCCCAACACCAAGUCCUUGAAUUCCAAACACCCCAACCCAAAAUCCAAAACCCCCCCAAAAGGUUUUGAAAGCUUAACUUACCAAAUGGCUGCAAAAGAAGUUUUGGAAAAGCUUCAAAAAUCACCAAAGUCUUUAAAAACCUCAAAAAAGGCUACUAUGUACACUGCGUUCUAUGAGUUGCUCCUCUAAGUCAAGUCGCAACUGUAUUAACGGUGUUAAGAAAAAGGAAACAAACUUGCAAGAUGUUUUCGUCUUGCGAAGCAAGCCCAUAGGAAAAUUCGUAUUGCGAAGCAGCUCAAAAAACGGAAAACCCUUUCGUCUAGCGAGUUUUCCGUCUUGCGAGGCAUUCGUCUUGCGGGGCACCACUGUACUGCAAUGCACUCUACAUGGAAACUGCCCUUGAACAAGAUUCAGAAACUAUUCUGAAAUGCAGGAAUCAGAUUAGUAGCUGGAGUUCCAGCAGAGUCGGCCCUCUUGAUGUUCCAUCACCUUCAGAAGUAUGGGGACUGGUGUUCCAGAAGAAGUUGUUGUCUCUGGCUGUGGAUUUGCCUUUCCACAGAGGUUUGUCUGGCCCCGUCAUCAUUCAGUUUUUGUAGUAUGCUUAAGGCGCACUUCUUUACUGUGGUAUUUGACUGUAAUUUGUUCUAAACUGAUUUUAAUAUGGUAUUUUAAAAUUGUAACCUGCCCUAGAACUUCACUGUGAUGGGCAGGCAAGAAAUCUAAUAAAUAAAUAAUGAUAGCAAUAAUAAAUAUUCUCAUUUCUUCUUCUUUUUUUUCUGGGUUCCCUAAAGUCCCUAAAGUAUCCUUCAUCUUGGACACUGCCACAUAGUAAAUUUCCUUGAUCUUACUGCAGCCUCUCUUUAUAACAAAUCACUUGGGUGAUUUUUCUUUCCUUUUAAAAGAAAGAAUCUGUUGUCUAUAAAAAUACUUUCAUUCUAAUAAGCCACAAAGUUAAAGAGUUCUGCAUUCCUAGCACUUUGGGGUUGUACAUCAUUGUCUAUUUUAUCUCCCCGCGACAGUUAAAUCUUCAAAAGUACCUGUAAAGUCUCAGGCAGAUGUCAGCCUCCUGUUGGUUUGCUACUAGUGGAUGAGAGAGUCACAUUAUUUCAAAGGAUACUUGGCUAGAUUGCUAGUGACUUCUUUAGAUCAAAUGAAUUACAACACCCAAUAGGUUGAAUAUUGUGAGGAGCUGGAAAAAGAACCAGCACUGGGUUCACAGGGGUCAGAGAUUUUAAUCUUCCUUCCUUCCUUCGUGUUUUUUUUAAGAGGGGGUGGUCAGAAAUACUGAUUCCAUCCCACUAAAAACCCAAGGGCCCUCAAAUCCAACAAAGAAAACAUGCUUAAUUCCAUUGAAAUCAAUUGGAUCAAAUGUAACUUAAUUUUUUUUAUUAUUGUACCUCAAAAUAUAAAUUGGAGUCCUAAGGGGGAAGGUAUUACUAAAGCAAGUGUGACUUAUUUCCAAAUAAAUAUACUUAAGUGGCUUUUUCAAGUUUAUUUAUUUCCUGAAGACAUCCUAAGUAUGUAAUGCUGUUUCUAUUACAGUAACCAUACAUAGAUGGAACCAGGAUUGUAUCACAGUUGAAUUCAUUACGUUUGUUUGUUGCUAUAAUUCAAGAUUUCAGUGUUAUACUACCAUCUGAUGUUUCUUUUUAAGACAUCUAACUGCCAGUACUUUGCAAAUUCAUGAAAGCUCUCCCCAAACCCAGUUUUCUGAGUCAGAAUAUAUUUCAAGCUUAAUAUUGAGCUGGAGCUGAUUUGGAUUAUUUAUAUCUAUUUGGUUUGCAAAAUUUGAGCAUUAUUUGAAUGUUCUGGUUUCGUUUCCUCAUUGAACAUUUUAUAAACCAAAGGUUUACAUAAUGAAGUAAGCAAAAAGCCCUUUUCCUAACCUCACUUAUUUCAAUCACUUGGCUAUCUGUCAACAAAGUGCAUCUCUCAUAUCCUAUGUGUGCUUAGAAAAACAUCACCCUAUUUUUGAUGUUUCUUGGUCUGUUUGGAUAGCUGGGUUGUACUGUAUUAUAAAUUUCUUGAAAGCCCAGGCCAGUGAGUCUUGCAUGUGUAGUGCUGGUAUGUUUACUGGUACAGAUUUCUAUUGGUUUACUUGCCACUGAGAACGCGGCUAUUGUCUUCAGUGAAAAGCUUUGUGUAGUGUUUUUUCUCUCUCUCUCCUGACAAGAAUAAAAUAAAAUAAACACCUAACCUAUGCAAUUAGACAAAGUAAAUUUUUCAGUGAUUGCAGCAAGAGCUCUAUUGCUGCAGUAGAUUUUUCUAAAUUAGCUAAAAGUGUAAACGAAUACUUUUGUACAGCAUUCUCUAAGUAUCUAACAAACUUAUGCUGUUCUCCGUUACCUUAACCUUUUGUCCAUUCAUACUUGUUAUUGCCUGCUGUCGUCACCUCACACUAUCUCUGAUUAGAAAAGCUCUCUUACAGCUUCCUUUCUGGACUGCUCUAUUGAUCACCUGGCAGGGGGUGUUGAAUGUGUGAUCCAGAUGGCCCCGUCUCCUUCACCUCCCAUGACCUCCUGCCCAGGAGAAUUACCUUGAUUUUGCAGAUAGACUGUGGUCCCGGUUUGGUAUUGUAGUGCUGGAUUGCUGAUGCUUCUCUUUCUCCUGUUAUCUGAUUUAGGAUAUACUUAAAUAAAACAGUCAGAAUUCAGGAUGAAUAUUCUGGAUUUCUCUUUUUAUCAGCAAGGAUGUAGUAUGGGUGUGAUGAAAUAAAAAGAAGUCUGCUGAAACCCAAUCUGUUUGUGUCUGAUAAAGAAAAUCUGUUUUAACACAAUGCGCUAUAUCAGACUCACCACCAGUUUUACAAGAGUUCAUGUGCUUCCUUCUCACCUCUCUUUCUCUGGCACAGCCAUGAAGAUCUAGAAGCCUUUGUUUCCAUUUUAGAGUGCCAUCUGAACCCGGCAAACUGUGAUGAACCUUCCUAAUAGUUUGUUGAAACAAGCCAACUUCAAACAAUAGUUUUAAGAUAGCUAAGCUUAGGCACCAUUGGGAGGCUGGACAUAAUGCUAAACUGUGGUUGAUCUGAAGUGGGAUUGGAUGUUUCUGAACACCUUGUGGCUGCGCUGAAGGAUGGGCAGGGAACACAUGAGUCCAAAGCUUGCUGCAGUUUGUGGUCAUAAUGCUAAGCCAUGGCUAACUUUACCAUUGCAUGCAAAACAGCUUCAUGUUGAAAACAACCUAUUCUUAUGUAACUGCAUAAAACUGAGUUAGACUAAAUCUCCAUUUCGGGCUAUACCACACAGUUUGAAUUUUCGCACUCUGUUCAGGAGUUGCAUAAUUCUUUCCCACUCCCUAUAUGUAAACAGGUACAUUCAGGAUCACUAAGGGUUCAUUCACACAUAAUGCUUUGAGAAAUAUACAGAAGUGGAAAAGCCAUGGCUAACUAGAGGCAGCUCAUAGGCAUUGCAAAACCUACUUUUGUUAAUUUUGGUUUAUUACUUAUUUCACAACGUAUUUUGGUUUGUGAAAAAUACAAACACAACAAUGAUUGAUCCUGUAUGUCUGGAUUAGCCAACAUGGUGCCCUCCUGGUGUUGUUGAAUUACAGCUUGAAUCGGCCCUGGCCAUUGGUCAGUGUGAUGUGGGUCUGAUAGGAUUGCCCUGUUAGAUAUUUAUUCCCAUGAUGUGUAUUUUUUUAAAAAAAAUAUUAAAAUGGUUAAACAGAUUUUAAGAUAAUCUGAUGGGUGCUGAUGAUUCAUUUUUUAUAAACCAAUAUAAGUGUAAUUUUUAAUUUGUUAGUACUGAGAUUUAAUUAAAAACCUAGUUUAAAAACCCCAACAACAGACAAUUGUUACAACUGGAAUUUUAAAAAUCUAGUUUUUAAAAAAUUUAAUGAAUUGUUUAUGCACCUUGAAAGUAAUAUUUUAAAUGGGCCUAAGAAUGUAAUUUCAAAGUGCUUUGAAAGCACUGAAAUUAAUGGUACUUACUUACACAUAGGGAUUGAAAUAUGAGGGAAUAUUUUCAGCUCUUUGUAAAGCUCUUUUGUCAAACCAUAACAAAGUAAGCUGCAGAAAUAUUCAACAACUGUGAAAUAAUGUUAACUUUUGCUUAUGAAAACUGAAAAUAACUGGAACCAACAUUUUUUCAAAAAUCUCCAGCUCUUAUUGUCAGCAUUGUGCAUUCCUAUGGCUGCGGUUGUUGUAUCCUGUGCUACCACAACAGAUUCUUAUUCUGAAGCAUCUCUGUGUACUUCAUAAAUUGCAUGACUGAGCAAUCACAUUGUCUGCCUGUUUUUUAAACUUAAAUACUGGUCACCAGGGGGCCGGGGGUGGUUAUAAAUAUCAUAGCUCAUGCAAAGUGGAGGUUUAAGUCUCCUCUCCCCAACUUCUGUCUCUGUAAAAUUUGCUCCCUGGUGUAGUAAAAAGAAGAAGAAGUUAUCAUUGGUGUAAAAUGGGACCCUAAUGCUAAUUGCUGCUUGGGAGGAUGAAUUUCAUUUCAGCGCAGCUGCGGCAGGAAUUAAGAUUGUUACCAAGCUGAGCAACAUGUAGCAGUGUCCAGAAAAACCCCCACAAAGACUUGCAGUUGAUACAUACACACAAACACCACUUCCGUUAGUCAUAGCAGCAUUUCAUUAAUCCACUAAUUAAUCCUGAGGGCUAUAAUUUAGCUGUAAGAGCUAAAAUUGUCUGUUGUAUGGGAUCCUGAGCUAAGCAACAAAAGAUUGAGGACACAUCUAUAUGAUGGAUGAUCCAAGGCAGGUCAAAGCAGGAAUAACGUUUUGUUAUCAGACGCCAGUGUCGCCUUCUACCAGCAUCUACUGAGUUGCUUGAAUCCUAACUUGCUCAUUCACUGAAUGGGGAAUUCUCACCUUCAUCUUUCCCCUGCAGCCCCUCAGAAUUUGGGGGCUGGGAGGAUGUUGUGUAAGGGGACUGCAGUGCAGUGGGUUGUUGGUUGAGAUGGUUCCCCCUCAUGUGAGUCGAGAUCCAAGCCAUAUUCUUCAAGAGCUACAAAUGCUGAGGUUACAAAGGACAUUGAGAACAGUGUUCCUAUCAGCCCUAAAGCCACCCCAUUAAAGCAAAUCUCUUCUCUGUAAACAAAGAAUGAAGGGGGUGGGGGGAAUCUCAGCACUGGCCUGUCAGCAGUCAUCUGCUUAUGAAUCUUUCCAAACUUUCCCCUUGAAAUGCAAAAAGCCUCAGAACAUUAAAAUGUCAACUGGAUUAAUUAAAUGUUUGAGUCCCAACAGCUCCUGCAGUGUCCAAAGGAUGACAGCAUGGAUUAGUGACAUCAAGGGUCACAAGAGAUAGUGUCACGUUUCAAACAGAUGUGAAAUGGGUAAAUCGAAGCGCAUGGGACAGCUUUCGGGCUUUGUUAAAAAAAAUUUGCUCAAAUCCUUUUAUUCAGAGUUAAUGAGCUAAGGCAGGGUGGUGGGAUAGUGGGAAAAGAGAGAGGCAAUCACAUUUUACAAGUACACUACUGUUCCCCCACCCUUGGGUCUUCGGGUGACUUUAUUCCUACCAGUGUUAAAGCAUACAUGGCUAAUCUACUAAGACCCAUAAAGUGGUAUCACACUGCUUCAAAUGUAUGGUGUGGGUGUAAAGUGUUCGUGAUGUGGCUUCACAUCAUAAAACGGCUGAGGCCUGGUUCAAAGAUUCUGGAAAUCAGACUAAAGGUAUAGUAACGCUGCCAUAGUAUGAGAGGAACUAAUGAAGCAUGGUCAUUCUAGACAAGAAUACCAUGAUCAGAGGGACUGACAUCCAUCCAAACGUUCCAGUGAAUAGAGAGGAUUCAACAUUGUCAUAUGCCAAACAUGGAUUAUACAGCAGGGCAGCCAAGACAGUUUUAUUUCUGAAACCCAGUGGCUGCCCAAAUCAGUUAAAUGUGUGGCGCUGAAAAUCUAGGGGAUCAGUUGUGGUGUAAUCAGGGUAACUCCUUUUGAUGAACUUUUUAAAGAACAGUCGUAUCACAGCAUUAUACAACUUCCUUUUGCUUUUGAAAACGUGGGAUGAAAGUUCUGUAAUAUUAUCAGCCAUGCAUGAAAGUGAAAUGGUAUAUUGUAUGUUUUGCAUUUCGUUGUUUGUUUUGCAUGAAAGCCCUGAUUUUUGCGAGGAGGGGGAAUACAGUAGGCUACGACCCACUGAAGGCAUCUAACUAGAAGUUAUGCAGCAGGAGUCACAGCAGGAGCAAUCCAGCCGAUCUGCUUUUAGUUAAAUAAGAUACAUGAAUAGAAUGGGUUGAGGUAAUUAAAUUGGAUGGUGACACCCAGAUGCCUCUAACGAUGAACAGCUGUGAGGUCAGGAAAACAUACUGUACUUUUGAAUACAAUUAAUGACUAUCCAUAAAAAUGGCCAUAAAGUGACCGUUAUAGAUGUCCCACCCCGCAGUCAGCACUGUUGUCACCAGCAAUAUGGGGAUGGGGGUGGAUUGUCAUAUUCAUAUCUUGUUAAGCCAACAUCAAACAGCUGUACUUUGAUGUUGCCCUGCUUGAUGCAGAACUUAGUGUUCUUUUGUUCUUAAGUGCGCAGUCACUUUAAAGCAUCAAUGCCCUGGCCUUUCUGGCCUCCUUCACACACAGAGACAGUGUCAUGGGAAUAGUUUCAGUGUGGCACAGUUGCUCAUUGCAGGGCUGUGUGUGUGUGUGUGUGUGUGUGUGUGUGUCUGUUAUAACCAUGUGGACUGUGCCAAUUGUGUGGAUCUUUCCCAUGCAAUCUGUAGCCUACUGGGAACGAGGCCCUCAUUUGUAUGAAGUGAACAUUAACAUUUGACCACAGAAAUAUGCCUUUGACAGACAUACAUGCUGUGCUUCUUUGAUCUUCUAAGACAGUACGUUCUUUUUCCUGGGCCACAUUUUUUUUAGACCCUGGUCAUGGUUUGAAGGCACACAGUGCAGCACCAUUUCUGAUGUGAAGCAUGUCUGGAUCUGGCCAUUGCCUGGAUAGGAGAACAUUGGUAAACCCUGCCUUGAGGAAUAUCAUCUGAAAAUCCUGUCUGUGCUGUUUUGAACUCAGAAUCAGAAAAGGGUGAUAUAAGUAAUAGUAAUAAUUCUUUUAAAAAUCUGAUGUUUACCUUAUUUUCAGGUGAGCGGCCAUACCAGUGUCCUUACUGUGACAAAGCUUUCAGCAAGAAUGAUGGGUUGAAAAUGCACAUUCGCACCCACACAAGGGUAAGUAUGGCUCUGUUACCUUGUGUCAUAGCUGUUCGUUUGACAACCUAAAGUGGACCAUGGAAAUAAAAAUAUAUUGUGUAGUAGGGAAUCUUUUCUCCAAUAAAAAGGCAAAUUUAAAAAGGAAACAUUGCAGCAAGAUACAUAUUCAUAAAACUUUUCAACUUGACUGUCAGAAUCCUUAUCAGAUUCUGUGGAAUCGCAAAGUCAUUUUUCUAUCUGCGUUGUAUGAUUACGUAUUUCGUGGUAAACGUAUUUCGUGUGGCAAAUUUUUGUUGCAUAACAAACCUUCGUAUUUAAUCCAAAUACCCUUGUUUCUAAAACAGAAAACAGAGCAUUUCCACAGUCAUUUAACUCAAGCCAUGUGUGGCAUGAUGGUUUAAAUAAGUUUGAGACAUCAUGACUGAUGGUCAGAUAAGAAGAUGAAAUGUCACAUACCUCAUUGCCUGUGACAAACAACACUAUUGGAAAUCCUUGCAGCCAUGCUAAGUGUGAUUUGUAAAUACAGAAAGCAGAGACAGAAAGUCUGUUUGAACCCUCCAAGUUUAGUCCCCUCAUGUUGUUUACACACUCUCUUUCUGAAAUCUGAAAGUCUUUCUUGUUUAUAAUCCACUGAGAUUUUAUGUAACUUCUUGCCAGUUUAUGGAUCUUUCAUUGCAAAAUAAUAGGAGCUUGCAAAGAGUUUUCAGUGAGGCAAAUAAACCAGCUUCACUUCACACCAAGCAAGAACCCAACAUGGAGCCUGCUCUUUGAGUUUCUGAGUGAAAAGAUGACUGUUUGACAUGUUCUAUCACAAGAUAUACGUAGUUGAUCCUGGCUUUGCAUAAGAUGCUGAGCCAAACCUUGCUUGAGGGCAAGCUCUUCUCUGGGGCUACCAUAUUUGUGCAGUCCCAGUAAGCCAUAGUUUGUUGUACCAUGAGACCUAUGAAGGACGGGAUUCUGAGCAUCUUUUUCCCCCCUUUUAAAGCCCAAGAAAUAUAUGCACACUUUUCAUACAUGGACACACUAAAGAAUAGUAAAUUAUUUUGAAAUGUUCACUAUAUUAGCAUACCACACCAGUUUUAGUUAGAGCACAUGAAGUCUAUAGAACUGGGAUGUUCAUUUCCCCCGCUUUUAAGUCUGGAGAUUUAAACAAGAUUAUGAUUUAUUACUAAUUGAACAUCCGUUUUAUUGCUCCAAUGAAAAGUUUUAAAUCUGCCUUUUAUUUUAAUGCUUAGAGACAUGCUUUCCAGAUUAAAAUUCUCAGCAUUUAAAGAAAAGAAGCAAAGUAGUGCUCCUGAACUCCUCUUUUUUACUUUCAAAGGGAGCUAGUCUGAAAAUAAACUUUUAUUCAUUUGUAAUCACAGGCUUAUUAAUACAUAAAAGAUACAUAAUUCCUGUUACCCUUUGGCAUGUUCAGAGAAAAUCUUCCAGUCUCUUGUUGACUCAAAGACAUUGGCCACAAUCCAGCAUAAUUAUGUAUUCUAUACUUCCUUUGAAAUCAGUAGAAUUUAAGAACGCUUACCUGUGUACUAGAUUGCAGCCAUGGCUUUUACUACUGCUGUAGGUUUGUAUUUGACAUAUUUUUGGAAUCUAGCUUUAUAGGUUAGAGGUUUCUCUCUACUGAAGAUGACUAAUCAUCGGAUUUUCCAGUAGAGGGAAAUGCAUUUUAAAAGUUUGCUGCUGAGAAUGGAACAAAAUAUCUCUAGGCACCUCCUGUCUGAACCAAUUUCCAAUAAAUCCUAGGGUUCAUUAAGAUUUCAGGUUUAUUUUCUCACAAAUCUGUUGUAGUUCCACAAAAAAUUUUUACAGUUCACUGUUAUGCUUCUAUGGAAAACUGAAAAGCAGUGUAUCUGGUUGGCAGUCCUCAAGGUCCUUGCCUACAGCUUGACAUCACCAGGAUUUCUGAAGGGCUAUGUGGUUUAUGGAGUGGGAUAUUCACCAUGACUAGCAAUAAAAUAACUUUUCCCCAUUUUUCUUUACUUUUUUUUUAAAGACUACAUUAUGGCUUUGGAACAGUAGUCUGCUACCACAACUGUUUCACAAAUAAUUUCUUUAAAUUGCAAUCUAAGGGGCAGGACUUUUCCUACUCUGCCUCAUUUCAUGAAGUCCAUAGUCGGUUUCCAGACCAAAGAGGGUUGUAAGAAUUUCAUAGGUUCUUGUUUCUUUUUUUGUUGGUGGCAUGCCUAAUUCCAUAGCAGUUUGCUGUUAACUGUGCUCUUGUGGGUAGAUCAACCAUGCAAUGUGUGGGUGCUGAUGUUAUUGCUCUGCUGUAUACAUGGGCUGUAUAACAUUGGUCGUCAAUUGAGUUUUAUUCCCCAAACUAAAAGCAAAAGGCAGUGAUUAUUUACAACAACUCUGUGAGAAAAGUGCAUGAUUUUUAACAUUGGAAAGCAUUAGUAUAAUUCCAAAAUUUCAUCUGGGAUGUGUCAUUUUUGAGCACACGUAUAUGUGAUCUUUUUCCUAUCAUGCAGUCCCAUUAAGCAUAUUGAGCCCAUAUUAUUAGACUAGUCAGAUUUUUUGAAAAUGUGAAGUAUGAAAGCAUUUGUGUUUGGAGUGUGUGUGCAUCAUUAGAAACCAGUUGUUCCUUCAUUUAAUAAGAAGUGCUGGCUUUGAAAGUUCAGGUUGCAAAAUGGUAUACUCUAGGGUUGGUAUCCAUAUUGGAAAGUGGCUUCUGAUUUUCCUGUGUCUGGACAGUGCCAUUGCCUACCACAAUUGAGGACUUAUUCCUUAAGGGCUAAAGCUAUGCUAGACACCUGAUUUUCUAUGUGGUAUCUUAUAAUAUUCAAUCAUGACAGCCAUCUGCAAUCUGCAUUCAGAACUGGUACAGACCAGAUAGAGGUUUACCACUUCAUUUGUGAAAACUUUACCUUACUUUUCCGCAUGCAGGAAGAUUUUCAUGUGGGGAUACUUACAAACAAACUUGUGCAUUCUGAGGUGCUAGUCUGGUCUCUUGAGAGGAUGGUACUGUAUGCCUGUGUGAACAUUUUAGCCAUAUUGGAGUAAGCCCAAAGAAGCAACUUUUAUUUCUGCAAACCUUUCCUCUUCUAAAGAAAAUGUUCCACUAAACAAAAGCAAGGACUGUAAAUAAUAACAAACCUCCAAGUUUCUAUUACAAGUAACUGAUACUUCAGGCACCAAGAGAACAUUAACAAUGUGGAAAAAGAUGUCGCCUGGCACGUUCUCCACACUAGUAAAUCUAUACAAAACAUAAAGAUAAAAACUAUAGCAACAAUUUGGGAAGAGAAUUAAUGCCAUUAGGAAGGACAAUGGGGACACUGAAGACAUUAAAAGAAAGAUGAAAAGAUCUAAAAGCACAGAAAAAGAAAGGGAGGGAUGGCUUAACUGUCAACAAACAGAAGGUCAUCUGGGAGAUAAUAAAAAACGGAUUUCACAGGCACUGAAUGGCUGCUAGGACUGUAAAUUCCAACUGUUUAUGGAGCAUCUAUCAGAUUAUAGAAGCAACUACUUCCACUCACCAAAGUAAAAGAAUGUCAUGUGUUUGCGUUUAUUGAUGACAGGAAUAUAAAAAUGGGUUGUGGGUAUGGAUCAUUGUCGCUGUCGCUAAGUAACUUAGUAAAUAUAAAAUAUGCCAGUCGUAAAUCAAAGCAUAUGUAAUAAAGGAAACUCUAUAACCUGUCUCUUUUACGUGAACCAACACAUUGAAAACACAUCUCUUGGUCAUAUAUUAAAACUUUAGGUUGCAAAAAUUAUCUUGCCACCAGUCUUUCUUUCUUCACUAUUUCCUUGAUCCAUAUUCCAUCCCUAUCUAACAACAAAAUGCUACAUUCACUGAGAGAUGUGUGAACCAGCCCUAUAUAGGAAAGAGUAAAGAAAUGACAAGCUUAUUUCAUACUAGGUUGUGGAAGACUUAGGGGGCAGCCUUAUUUCAUAAAUCGUAGCCAUGGGUUGGGCUGAGGUUACAUUAGAAAGAUAUCUGGAGAGAAGCCAGGUAGAUUUUUGGUCCUCUCAGCUUUCCGGAUGAGUUGAGUGGCACUAGAAAAAAAAUCUCAUUACACUGUGAUAGGUCCCUUUUCCUUUGUGGCCACUCUGUCUGUCUGCCCUGCUAGCAGUGAAGUUGCCAGCUACUGCAGCUGAAGCAGCGUCUCUGACAGAAAUAGGUUUAAGUACAUUAAACUCAGAAAACAAGACAAUGAAAAUGCUUGCUCCCGAUGGCCUCAGCCCAGAUAAUUGUUUUCUUGGAAUGGAGUGUUCUCUUCUCAGAGGUUUUUUUCAUAAGGGUUUCCUCCUUCAAAUGUCCUCUUCUUAUGAGUCACUUUCAGAGUUGGAGUGAGCCAUUCACCCAGAGUGGACGAGACAGCAUCUUCAAAUCACAGUGCAGGCAAAUGAUAAACAAAACAUUUGUGAGGCAUGGUCGGUAAUCCCAUAGCUGUGAUUGUUCUGUAUACUAUCUGCAUUUCUUCUCAUCUCAGAUAUGGAACUGCUUGCUACACUUUAUUUUGAGCUUUUUACUGAGCAGCACAUGCAGAUAAUAAAAUGGAUUUUCAGAGGGCUUACACCAAAUGUGGUUUGCAUUAACUACAAUACAAAACAAAUUAAGGCUAUGUUGGUGAUGCCUGUUUUUCAUAUGCCUGAGACAUAUACUUCUGUAAAAAUUACAGGGGCCUGUCUGUGGAGUAUUUACUCAAUCUGUAGUCAGGGAGGGGGGAAAAUCCUAUUGACGCAAAAGCCUGAAGACAGGACCCGCAAGAUUCUUUUCUAAAUAUCUUGUUUGCUAGGAAAUAGACCUAUUCUGAUGUAUUUUUUUAAAAUGCUGGUUACCCAAAGUAAAAUAAAUAUCAAAAAGCCACAAAAGUGGAUAAACAUUUCUCUGAAAGGAAAAACUUACACAAAAGAGCUCCAUCAUCAGGAGUAUGUUGAGACUACAUUGAGGCGUUCUUAUUCAGAGUGGUAAUUUCAUCAUGCAUUUGGCAAGUUUAAAACUAACACUAAAGUACUGUAGAAAUAUUAAUAUUAUUUAUAGAGGUGAUGUGUGGGGAUGGGAGGCGUUCUUGACAGGAAUCUCUGCCCAGCAUUGUCAGUUAAACUGAAGAACGCGUCCACAGCCUCUCAAACUUUCAGUGUAUAGACUUCCCACAAUUUCUUUCCAUAUCGUAUGCACAGAUAACUACUUUUAAUUGUGUGAUUCUGGAAAACCCUAGGACUUGUGGUCAUUGGUAUUAUGGUUGACAGAAUUAAAAAUGGCCUCAAUCAAAAUGUUUCUUUUGAAAAUAGGUUGUAAAUCAAGCUUUCUGAGACAUUGCGUUUUUUAGUUAUUCAUAUUAAAAGUUAUGGAAAAACAAACACACCCACUUCCCUGAAAAACACUGGUUAUGAAAGACAGAGAAAGAUUCCUAAUUGUUAAAGUGGAAGACAGCUCCUAUUGCUGCUGAAUUAUUUUGAGGGGGUAUUCAGUAAAUUUUCGUUACAAAAAUGUAGAUAGCCCCCAAAUGGAAGGAGUGAGAGAUAAGGGCUGCAAUCAUAUACCUACUUAUCCUAGAGUAAGCGCCAUUGAACUCAAUUUAUAGUUAGUAUAGCAUUGUACUGUACCUGUUGGAUUUUAUUGAAAUGGUAUGAAGUGGACAUAAUUUAAAAUUUAGGCAAGGAGGAAAGUUGAAGAUGGAGACAUGGAACUUAACAGGUUUCUUUGAAGUUGUUACAAUAGCUAAUAUACUGGAAUUGUUUUUAGGUGUGAUUUUGCAUUUGUAAUUUUGUCUCGUUCACGAUGAUGAAUGAUAAUUGUAGGAACAGUUACCCUGGAUUGUAUAGAUUUAAUAGUUUGAUAAGCAAAUGAUGUAUUGAGAGAGGGCAUGGCCAGGCUUCCGGUGCAGUACAAGGUGGCAGUCUAGAGCUUUCCCACCAGAUAUAAAGACUUACUGAACUUUGUCUCGUGAAACUAAUACAAAGCCCUCACCAUCCAGUAUGGAAUGCUGUCCUGUUAAUAGCCUGCUCUCUGCACCGAGUCACUUUAAUUCCUUCUCUUGCUCACUGUGCUACAGGAAAAGCCUUACCAGUGCUCCGAGUGCAACAAAGCCUUCAGUCAGAAACGAGGCCUAGACGAGCACAUGAGAACCCACACAGGGGAGAAACCUUUCCAGUGUGACGUGAGUUGGGUUUCCUUUUGAUCUAUUUGCGUUUAAUCCAAAGAUGAACCCCAAAGGGUGCAACCAUACCCACGCCAACAGCAGCGGUCAGUGGGGUGGCACAGGUAGGGAGGCAUUUCUCACCUGGCUUCCCAAGGCCAAGUGCCACUGCCAGCUUCAGAAGGGGCAAGGGGCAAGGUGUGGGAGCUGAGGGCAGUUCAGAUGCAGCACAGUCAGUUCCACGCACCUGUCACCCCACCCACCUCGUGUUGUGCUCUUCAUGCCUCUCUCCUCGAUAACUGGCAGCAACACUCAGUGUUGGGAAGCCAGGUGAGCAACACUUCUCUGCCUGUACUUCCCACCGACUGCUGCUGCACACUUACCUGUGAGUAAGUCUAACUGAAUGCGACUUACUUCUGAGUAAAUAUAUGUUCAAGAAACAUUUGCAUACAAGGUUGUCAGUCUUUCUCAAUCUUUGAUUAAUUAAAGAUGGAGUAGCUAGUGAAAUUUCACUCAGACAAUUAUUAUUAUUAUUAUUAUUAUUAUUAUUAUUACUGUGGUACCUUGGGUUAAGAACUUAAUUCAUUCUGGAGGUUCAUUCUUAACCUGAAACUGUUCUUAACCUGAAGCACCAUUUUAGUUAAUGGGGCCCUCGCUGCCACUGGGCAAUUUCUGUUCUCAUCCUGAAGCAAAGUUCUUAACCCGAGGUACUAUUUCUGGGUUAACGGAGUCUGUAACCUGAAGCAUCUGUAACCUGAAGCAUAUGUAACCCGAGGACCCCUGGACGGUUAAGUCCCGUCAAAGGCAGAUUAUGGGGUUGUGGCACUCAUCUUGCUUUCAGGUCGAGGGAGCCAGCGUUUGUCCACAGACAGCUUUCCUGGUCAUUGGCCAGCAUGACUAAACUGCUAAAAUUUCAGGUAUUUGUGUGUUUAUAAAUAUAAUUAAAGAGCAAUGUCAACAAGAGGGAGAUCAGACACCACUGCCAUUAGAAGCUGCCAUUGGUGUUUGAUCUCCCUCUUGUUGACAUUGCUCUUUAAUUAUAUUUAAAAACACACGAAUACCUGAAAUACUGUCAUGCAUUUCUCAUAAUGUCCAGUUUGGUCCUUUAAGUAAGUAGGACUGCAAGCUUUAGUUUCCAAACUGCUUGCAAUGUCUGUGUCAUUUUCCCCAUAGCAAUUUUUCCUAAUGUUAGUGUCCAUAAUUACAUGUGUAGACGCCAUGCACACAUCAAGAAUGUCUAUUUAGGGAAAUGUUUCUGAGACCACAUCUUUUUUUGUUUGACCCUGUUUCCUUCUGGUUAGGGAAGUGAUGUCAGCUAGAGAAAAUUAAUGCCAAGUUCAUGGCUCUUAAAAUACCUAGUAAAAAUGCUUGGUUUCAUUAGAAAUGUUAGCAUCAAAAAAUUAGGAUAGUGGCUUUACAUUUUUGGUCAUUCCUUUUUUCCCCCUUUGAGUAAUUGUCUAAAGGGAUAAGGAAUUGUUAAAGUACCAUUCUCUGGAGUUUAAUUCUACCAGGUUCUUAAUCUAAUGAUGAUGAUCUAGUGUCACAAAAGAUGGUACUUUUAAAAGAUGCCUAAACACAUAGGGAGGAGCAGUAUCUGUACCAGCCUGAGAAGGAGAAGACAUUCCUUUUUUCUCUGUAAUAAAUUCCAUUUGUGUUAAUAUGAGUUUCAUCUAGAAUUUUGGCUAGAAAGGAUACCUGCCUGCAUGCCAGUUUUAUUCAAGAUCCUGCCUAGAUCAUUUGAUCACAUGCUUUCUUGACAAGGAUUUCAUGCUCAGAUGAGCAAGGAGAAAUUAGAACAGGGACAGACUGCAUACUCUCAAGCAUUUCGUAGGCAUUCUUUUGUGUACUGCUGACAUCUCCACUUUCACAUUGUGGCUGAAAUCCUAUGCACAACUGGCUGGGAGUAAAUCUCAUUGGAACACAAUGGGACUUACUUCUGAGUGAAUAUGCAUAGUAUUGCACCGUAAUGAUUAUGGCCAGUGCAUCAUUUACCCACCUACUAUUACACAUUACUGCUGAAGUCUCUUCUCCAUCUACUCUAUACUGCAAUCAUUUAUCUUUCCACAGCUUGCUAUCCACAGGGUAAGCAAAACAUACCCUGUCCUCAAUAUGGACCUCACAAACUGAAGUAUUUGUGUACCUGCAUGCUCACCAGGGACAGCAUAUAUCUGCUCAAUCCACAGAAUCAUACAAGUUGGAAAAGGCCUCAAAGUCAUGUGGUUCAACCCUUUGUAGAUGCAUGAAAUCUUCUGUUAAGGCAUUUCUGAUAGUUGGCCAUCAGUCUCUGCCACUAAAGGAGAGUCCCCCAGUUUCCCAGGCAGUCUGAUCCAGCUCAUACCGUCAAGUAGCUUGUAAUUUCAAGAAGUGCUUCCUAACUUUAGUUGAAAUCCCAUUUCUUGUCAUUUGGACCAGUGCUCUUCAACUUUGAGUCCCCAUAUGUUGUUGGACUACAACUCACAUCACCCUUGACCAAUGGCUAAGUUGGUUGGGGAUGAUGUGAGCUGUAGACUAGCAACAUCUGGGGACCCAAGGUUGACCAAUGCUGACUUGGACCUACUAUUUUGGAUCACAUGCCAACACACUGACCACUGUCUUCUGGCCAAGACAUUGGGUGACCUCACUGACAAGCAGCUCAAGCCUAGGGUGAGCAAAUUUGCUCCAUCUGCUAAGUGUCAACCAAAUAUCUGAAGAUAGUUAUCAGGUGACCUCUUAAUUGUCUCUUCUCCAUGCAAGGCGCACCUACCUCCUUCAACUUUUCCUCAUAGUCCCCAGGUCCCUCACCAUCUUUGUUGCCGUUAUCUGGACAUGGCAACAUUCCACAUUCAGAGAAUUAACUUUUAGAGGCCCAGUGAGAUUAUUAUUAACUUUUUUCUAUUUCCACUGAUUUGUAAGAAAAUCUGAAAGGUUUACUGAACUCUAGCAACUAGCAUAAUUCUGUGAGAAACAGACACCAUGGGUAACAUGAGGCGUUUCUGUUGUUAAUAUUAAUUCAGCAAUUAGCAUUGAGAAAUGCCUUUAGUGACAAAGAUUUAAAUGAGCUCAAGUUUCACUUAUUGCAGUAAAACACUUUUAUGUGCCUCAGGAGAAUUCUGCAGUAACAAAGCACCGAGACUCCUGUGCAUUAGGAAAAAGAUCCUUUUAAAAUGUAAAUAUUCCUUUCCUUCUAUAAUGAGAAUUAAAUGUAGGGGCAAUUCUUUCCCACUCUGCUUUUUUCCAUUCUCAUCCAAAUGCAGUGUGUGGAGACUGUGUGUGCUUUGUUUUUUGUUUUGUCCCCCUCCCCUUUUCAUACUAGCUUCUAUAAUGCCUACCCAGAUUAAAAUAUUGGUUGCGUUCAGAAUAAUGCAAAACCAUGAUUUGCAAAGCCAAACCAGGCGUUGGCAUUAUGUUUGAACCAAAGCUGAUUUGCAAUUCAUCAUUCAUCAAUUCAUCAUGGACAAACCACUGCUAGGGCCAUUGCUGUGCCUUAAAAGGUUGUUGCACCAUGCAGAUGGUACUGAAUUUAUGAAUAGAUCAUAACUGAAACAGAGGAACACCAAAGUUUACUCAAACACAUUCAAAUUAAUGAACCUUAGGCAGCCAUGUUCGUUAAUUUCAGUGGGUCUGCUCUGAGUAUGACUGAUUUGGAAUACAACCCUAGGUCUGGAAGCUCAAUUCAUGGUGUGGAUUCUGAACUAUGGUCUGCAAAGAUCAUGAUUUGGCAUGAAGGCUGACUUGAGCCAUUGCAACAUUUUUGUCCUGGGCAUACUUACCUACAAAUAAAAGCCAUUGAACCUAGCAGGAUGUAGUUCUGUGCAGGCAUGUAUAAGAUUGCACAAAACAUCAAUAGCAAGAAAAGUGUCCUGUGUGUGUGUAAUCCUAACGUUACCUAGAAAUAUUGUAUGUUUAACUGUAAUAUGCUUUACGAUCAUGGACCUGAAUUGCAGGUUUUUAUUAGACUAUUUGCAAAGCAGAUCAUAAAAAAUAUCACCAAUUAAAUGCCUAAUUAAUGUCGGCAGGGGCAUGGAUGAAGAUCUCAUUGAAAUUUCAAUAGUUGUUCCAUAUUUUGUUUGGUUUACAAUAAGUUUUCAAAAGCCUGAACAGUACCACUGUUGUAUUUAACAGUCUGUAACAACUGACAUCUGAUGGACAGUACAGUGGUACCUCGGGUUAAGUACUUAAUUCGUUCUGGAGGUCCGUUCUUAACCUGAAACUGUUCUUAACCUGAAGCACCACUUUAGCUAAUGGGGCCUCUUGCUGCCGCUGCACCGCCACUGCACGAUUUCUGUUCUCAUCCUGAAGCAAAGUUCUUAACCCGAGGCACUAUUUCUGGGGUAGCGGAGUCUGUAACCUGAAGCGUAUGUAAACAAGGUACCACUGUAUUUCAUACUUUUUAAUCAGAGUAGACCAAUUGAAAUUAACAGACCUAACCUAGUCAUGUUCAUUAAUUUCAAUGAGACUACUCUGAGUAAAACUUUGUUGAAUACUGGCAGGAUUUUUUUUUAAAAAAAACUGGUAUAAAAAAUAGGUUUGUUCAAAUAAAGGUUGUGUGUAGGACUGAGCAAAUACUAGCUUUUUGCUUGAAAAUAUUUGAUUCUUAAAGGACUCAACAUGCAUAGGCUGCAUUUAUAGUGCUUUAAGAAUCAAAAUGUGCAGCAGCCCCUUUGGUAAUAUAACAGACCUUGCACUGCCCACAGGGAUGCCACUGAAAAAGGCAUCCCCAUGAUGAAUUUUCUGCUUGCACCAGCUGCUGUAGCAUACAACAUGCCUUAGAGGCAGGAUAAUCUAUUACUGCCACACAUGGAACAUUUCCACAUCUUGGCAUAGCUGCCAAGAAUGUCCAAUGGGGCAUGUAGAUACGAUAGCAGCAAUCUAUGAGGUAAUUCUAGGUAUUAGUCAGUGUUAGGUAUUUCAGUAAAAUUCCCCCAGGGUUGCUGUUUUCGGUGACAUCACCACAUUGUGUAUGUGUGUUUCAUCUCUCCAUUGAGGUGCCUCUGUAUCCUCCUUCCACCACAUUUUUAAACAUGCUUCUUGGACAGAAGACCCCAUAGGGCAUUAAAAAAAAUAAUCCUGCUCCUCUUACCCUUCCAACAUGGUGUAGAGCCAGCAUGGAGUAGUGUUUAAGAGUGGUGGGCUCGUAAUCUGGUGAACCGGGUUCGCAUCUCCGCUCCUCCACAUGCAGCUGCUGAGUGACCUUGGGCCAGUCACACUUCUUUGAAGUCUCUCAGCCUCACUCACCUCACAGAGUAUUUGUUGUGGGGGAGGAAAGGAAAGGAGAUUGUUAGCCAUUUUGAGACUCCUUAAGGGGAGUGAAAGGUGGGAUAUCAAGUCCAAACUCCUCUUCUUCUUCUUCUCCUUCCAGUUUCCAUGCUAUAGGGAGACAGGGCUGGCCCACCCACGAAGCAAGGUGAAGCAACAAUUUCAGGCAGCAAGAUCCAUAGGGGCAGCAGAUCCAGCCUCCAAGGAAUGCAUUGCCAGCUGUGACAUGCUCCUUGGAGACUGGAUCUGCCGUCUCCUUGGCAUCCCUCAACCCCAAUGCCACCUCUACAGUGGCCUCUUGGGGAGUAGGAGGCCCUGCUGGUCUUCCCCCACCCUUGUGUCUAAUGUAGAUCUUUAUCCCACCCCCUGAUGUAGAUCUGCACUUAACUCUUCUUCCCUGGUGGACAUGGGGAACUGUUUGCUUCAGGCGACAAAAUGUCUUGGGCCAGCCCUAGGCAGAGCCAUUGCACUAGCUUCCUGGCAGGUGGGUUGCUUACUUAGAGAGAAGAGACAGUAAGGAGGUUAAACUUUGAUUUUGCUGUUGCAUUUACCCUGCUGCCUUGCCCCCUCCUUCCUGAGAAGCAAUAGCAGCCUAUCUACCGGGAAUGUAGUAUGGCGUCUCUGCUCCAGCCAAUGAGCCACCUCUAAGUAUGACAUAUUUCAAAACUGAGGGAAGCUGACACACCCGGCAGAAGGCUAGAACCCUUUACCUUCACAAAAGGUUUUUGCAUAGGGAGGAUGAUCAUUCAAACCUCUGAUUCUCAGCUUGCUGUCUGAACUGGUACAGUGCAAGGAAAGACUACACCAUGUGAUAUUUCUGAAUGUGCAAUUCAACUCUAAGUGUACAUUUCUCAUACUGAGAUGCUUCCUUGUUCUGUCCAGCAUUUAGCAUACAUAUACUUAAACUGCCCAUUUAAAUUCUCACACUAGGCAUUUAAACACAUUUAACAUUAAAUUAGCUACAUUAAAUUCUUUCUCAGCAUGUUUCAAAAGCCGUUUCUUUCAGCUUUUGAUGCUAGAUUCUAGAAUCUAGAACAGCAUCUCAGCUAAUAAAAAAACUGCUUUCAAACUUCAGCUUUUCAGAAUGUCACAGAAAAGUUGUAUUUUGCAUGACUCACCUUUCCUGUUUGAGGCAACCCAUCUUAUAAUUUUCUCCAUGCAUUGCAGCUAUCACUUUGCAAACUCUUUGUACUGUUUCUUUGUUUUGUUUUAACCUUGGCAGUGCACACUUCUUUAUUUAUUUGCAGGCUUUUGAAAUGUUACAGUUAUAGCAUAUCAAGAAGAAUUUACUGCUCAGCAAGGGAUAGGUAUUAAGUGUGCAUCUGUAAGCAGUUUAUUCUUCUCAUUUUGCAAAGAUAAUGUGCCAUUGUUAAACUGUCAUCACUUGUAUGAUUGAGACUCAUUAAGAACUACUUACUGGUAGCAGAAUUUGACACAGCACAUCUGCUGAAGAUGAUAUUCCUAGAAUUUAUUUCCAGGAAGAUGAACGAUGUGUCUAUGAUGCUGCAUAAACAUAUACAUUCAUGCAAAUGUGGUCAUCGGUAGUACUUACUGGGUUAAAUGUUUAUUUGUAGCAUCUACAUCUGUUAGAGGUUUCAUGAUUUUGGUAAAAGAGGCAUUUUAUACUUGCCAUUUAAGUGUGCAAAAGUCACAGUCAGUAUUUAAUCAGUGUGGUCCAGUGGUCCACAUGAUUCCAUUUGACCAUGUUACAAUAACACAGGGAAGGCAGAGAUUGCAGGCCCUUCAACAUGUCCCAGGUGAAAAUAGGGACAUGUCAUUUCCCGUGUACUCCAUAGUAAGGAUCACUGCCUGAGCCUAUUAUCACACAUUGCUGAAGGCUCUAGUCACCCAGCUGUAUUUGUUUACUCUGAAAUUGCCUGCCCUUCACUGAUUUAGAAGCCAAGACAGCGCCUGUUCUUUUGUUUAACUUGUGUUUUGUUUUAAUUAUAUCUUUAUCAGCAGUUCAAAAUACAGUACAGCUGCUGCAGUCUGCAAAAUGUUUGGCUGCACGCUGCACACUGCCUUAGCGUUCAUGCACAUCUAUUUACAUGCCUGUACAUUAAUGGCAAGCUGCAUCCACACAAACAUCCCACAUGCAUACUUAAGAGAAUUACGUUAUAUCACACUACAAACAUUUGCACAAGACGCCACCAAAAGGCAAAAAUAGGAUCCAAUAUAUAUAUAAAAAAUAGGAACUGAUUUUGCUAAAGGGUAUGGGACCAUAAAGUCUACUGCAUGCUAUAAAUCAGGGUUGGGAACAUCUGUCCCUCCAGAUAUUGUUGGCCUCUAACUGCCAUUAGCUGUUAAGGCGAAGGAUCACAGAUGAUGGGAGCUGUAGUCCAGCAACACCUGGAGAGCCACAAGCUCCACACCCAUUGCAGGCAACUGGACUGGGUGACCAUUGGGUCCCAAUUCCAUGGUUCUAUGGUGGAUCGCCCCCAUUUCCAUAGAGACGAUUCAUAGUGCACUGGAACCUCCAUCUCCUUGCCGUCAUUAAAACUAGUUUGUUCCAAGCAGAGCUACCAAAUUCAUAGCUGAAAGUAUGAAUUUACCUGAAAGUCUUAAGUCUUGUUUGCUGCAAAAGACUAAUAUGGCUACUGCCAUUUGCACGGCAGAAGGAGUAAUUACAGUAUGGAGCUGCAAUAGUGCCUUGCCUUCUCCGGCCCUUUGCAGUAGUGUGUUAAGCAUUAGGAGAUAGAGGAUUUGUCUCGUUGCUUGUUCUUCCCCAGCCCCACCUAUUAAAGAGAGAAAGCCCUAGCCAUUUUGAAAAUUCCAGUCUGGUCACAGGGAAUACUUGAGUCUGUGGUUGUUUAAUUUAAUGGUGCACUGUAGAGGUUGCACACAACUGCUUUUCCUAGAUGUGGGUAAUGAUCAUCUGAUUGCAUUGCACUUAUCCUUAGGUCUUCUGAUACCUAGGAAUGCAUUAAGCCUCUAUAUUCAAACUUGUAAUCUACUAAAAUAGGCUCAUUUGGAGCAGAACUGACCAUUGGACAGUGCCUGUCAUUGAACAUAGUGAGGAAAGAAUAACAGUUUCUGAGACAAAUUCCUUUUAGGGCAAAUACUCUUUUCUUCCAGUGUUUAUAUGGCAGUCCUUAAAAUUAUACCUGUAAAUGAUGCUGAUUCAGCAUUCUUAUACCUUAACAGAAGUAUGCUGGUACUGUUUCCAAAGGGUUAUGGAAAGCAGUUCACUAAUCAUUGGUCUUACAGAGAAAGACUCAGCAGUCAGGAUGCAUUGUAUGUUUUCUCAUUCAGUAUGUCAUUGUAUUGUUUUUGCUUGCACAAUGAAUAAUACCAGAUAUCCUUGGGAAGAUAGAACACUGCUUAACUCCCUAUUAGGGAGACACUGUUCAAACAUCAGCCUCACCCGAGUUUUACUUCUCAUGCAGUUUAUAAGCACAAGUAGUUAUAUUAUUGUUAAAUUAAACCCUUAGACCAGAAAAUUACUUUGGGAGGGAGAAGGAAGUACAGAUAUUGCUACCAACUGUCCAGAAAAAUAACAGCUUAGCCCUGUUCUCUUUCUUUAUCAGAGGUUUGAGAUACAGAAAUCAGCAGCAUGGAGGUAAAUAUGACCAUCUGCUCAUGCUGAAGAUCAAAUACUUUUCAAAGGACAACUUCAGGGCCAGUUCAAAUGUUGUCAAGUGUAGUGGAAGUGACUUCCACUUCCUGUUCUUCAUACUUCUCUUAGUGAGCACAGAUUAGCAACUUACCAGGUUCUUAAGUGUUUCAGUAGAGACAGUAGAGACAACUGGCUUGGUCUUAUUCUGAGGUUGCUACUGGUCCACCCCUGGUUACUAGCUUGUGGAGUGAUGUUUUUUCCUCCAUGCAUUGCUGUACUAGUUUUCUCACUAGCUGAGGAUGAGAGAUAGUCACUUGCUUAACGUUAGAGAGGAUGAGCAGCAAAAUAGUGAAGGAGUGGUCACCUUCUUUAUAUCCAAACUGUGUGAUCUCAUAAAGCCACACAGCCUUGCUGUGUUCUCCAGGGGAAAAAGGAGGCAGCUCUACAGUGGUGCAAUCCAGAGAUACAACUAAAGCCUUCUGAUAUGAUUAGAUAAAAGAUUAAUAAAGUUAGCAGCAUAUCCCUGGUUCAGAAAUGGUGGAUAAUGUUACCCUAUUGCUUAAUCUGGGUUGUGCAUAAUGUUGGGUGCCCAAAUGUCUACUUAUGAAACAUUCUUCUGAAUCAUCAACAAUCCACUGGUUUCCUUUUUGUCUUUUUAUCAUUGCUUUAGGUUUGUGACUUGUCGUUCAGCCUGAAGAAAAUGCUGAUCCGGCACAAACUGACUCACAAUCCCAAUCGCCCCAUGGCGGAAUGCCAGCUAUGCCACAAAAAGUUUACAAGAAACGACUACCUCAAAGUACACAUGGAAAAUGUCCAUGGAGAAACUGACAGCUAAUUUUGGCUUGCACGAAAGAGUGUCUAGUGUUUCCUUUGUAGGAGUAUAAACUCCAGGCUUCUCACCUGAUUAGUGAACACAAGACAAACACACAAAACUCUAAUGUGUUCACAUAAUCACUUUUUUCAUGGUGUCUUGUAUUUCUGUUCAGACAAAAAAGAAAAAGGGUACCCUAAAUUACAUGAGGCUACAUCAACAUAAGUUUGCAUACUGUGGGUGGAUUUAUAAGACCAUUUUAGAAGGGCAAAUUGUCACCCAACGCCAUCGCCAUUCUGUUAUAGGUAAGAGUUCUUUCUAAAUGCUCUAUCAUGUGGUGAAGUAGAUAGUUAACUAAAACUGCAAUCCAAAGCACACUUACUGGGUGUAAAUUCCAGUCUGCUGUUCCAGUAGACAUGCUUAGCUUUGCACUGCACAGGGUGUAAAUGUUUUGUUGCCAGGAUAUGGGGAAACAGUUGCUUUCUCUAAGAAAACAAUCAGUGAGUUCUCUGAAAUAAUAGUAUAAACUCACUGUAUCUCAUUCCUCAGACAUUCUCACAGUCUAGUUUGAAAUUUUACAUACUGAGGAUGGUGCUUUGAAUUACCUUAAUCCACCUCAUAAUUACACAUGAUUGGGUUCCAUAGAAAGCAUGGGGACCUCAGCAAAUGUCACCCUAGGAUAAUAAAGUACCGGUAAGUACCCUGUACUGGUAACUGAGAGAUUGCUAAGUCUGUGCAGCACUUUAUUACGCUUUAGUAAUAUUAUAAUAGUGGCUAGAUUUUUAUUAACCCGGUAAAUUGACUUCAAUUCUGUUAACCAGCAUGGCUCUUGCAAGCAAAGUUUACUCUGGUUUAUACAUGUUUUGAUUAAAUUCAGAACUGAUAUUGAAAUGCUAGAAUAUUUUUCAAGUGUCACCGUGCUGUGGAGAAUGAGAUAUGGGGACAUGCUGUCUCAACUGCUUCAGCAUGGUUUAUUACUUUGGGUUGCUAUUGUGGAAGGCAAAUCAAAAGCAAGCAAUGUGAGUAAUUUUUGUUGAAAUGCUACGUUAGCACUAAUGCAAUAUUUGUAAAUGCCAGUGCCAGAGGAAACAAAAUCUCAGAAUGGUAUUCAACAUCUGAUUAAGUCAAGGAACAUGUAAUUAAAUUGCUAGGAAGAAUUUUUACCCCAUGGAAUUCUGCGGAGUUUAGAGUUAGGCUUGUGCAAUGAAUCUGUCAUUCAUAUUCUUUUUAAAAAAAUAUUAUUAUUUUAAAGACCAAGACUGGGUUAUGAAUAAUUUGCUAACUACAUUACUUUUUCAGCAAGUAGUUUGUCAUAAUUAUUAAUGGAAAGCCUGUAAAUUCUCUUACUUGGAUAAGCCAGUUAAUGUUCAAGGAAGCAAAUAAUGCACCAAGGUGUCAUCUUUGUAGGAAACAAAAGUUUUUUAAUAAAUUUGGUUCUAGGUUGAUAUUCUUUAAACAGUUUUGUCUACACUACAGCUUCCUCUUUGGAGUUUGCUGCUUGUGCACCAACAAAUAGGCUACAAAAGAUUUUUGAGCUGUCACAGACACAAUCAGGAGGUAUUUUUUGUGUCCCUUCUGUAAGUGAUAUAGACUACUGUAAGGUAGGUCAGACAUAUUUAACAAGUUGCUGCUUCUGUGUAGAUGUAAUUUGAGAUUCAUUGUUCUGUCAAGUCUAGUUUGAGAUCUUCAUAAACGAACUUUCAGCUGUCAAUUGCACUGACAGGCACACAUGGGAUUUCUAGUUUAAAAGGCUUAUAGUAACUGAUUUUAUUGAAUCAUGUCAUUUGUAUUUAGCAGUUAUCACUCACUCAAGCAUAUGGCUGUGUCAAGAAUAGUCCAAUCAGUUUUGCUAGUGCAAAGCCAUGGAGCUCCGUGAAGCCUGAAGUAUCAGUUCUGCAGCUGUACAAUGAACACAACCAAAUGGACUAUCCAGACAGAAAGCCAGAGAAAGGAAGAGAUUGGAUAUUGUAUACUGCAGAAGUCGCUCUUACAGUAAAACAUGUGUGUGUGUUGUAAACAUGGAAAUAAAAAUCACAAGAAACAAACACAUACACACAAUCCUGACAUUCCACAAAGAGGAUGCAUCACUAAUUAAAAGUGUAAUUGACAAAUGCUUUAAAAAAGUUUAUUUAAGAAUAUAAGAAAGAUGCUAUGCCCAUUUAGUUCAGCAUCACGGUCUCAUAAUGGUCAACCAUAUGCUGGUGGGAAGACCACAAGCAGGUCAUGAGGACCAUAGCAAUCUUCUGACUGGUGCUCAGAGGCAUGCAGCCUCUUGAUACUGGAGGUAGUACAACUCAUAGACUCUGAAAGAAAAAGAACACAAAGUCCUUCAGUGGAGUUUUCUUUGAUAAUUUUUCACUAAACCAAUGGUAGCCAAUUUGUUGCUCUCUAGAUAUUGUGGACUAUAACUCCUAUCAUCCAUGACCAUUGGCCAUGUUGGCUGGAGCUGGACACCACUACCCUUUGACUACCCCUGCACUGAUUAUUCUAAGGCUGGCCACUCCCCCAUAGAGGCAGCAUUCAGGAGGAACCUUUCUAAUACCCUAGAGAUGGCCAAUCCCAAAGGGAAAUUCUGGUUUACCAUAAAUUAACAACCCUGCAAGUACUCCUAGAACAACUUACACACUUUGGCUUAGGUGGUGGCCAGGCUUCUUUCAUUAAGUUCUAACCUGUUAUCAUUGAAUUUGUGGCAGAGUCUGGUUUGAUGUUCCUGUAUUGUCCUCUCUAUUUCAUUAAAUAAUGCUGGAGGUCGAAGGU